AUGGACGAGAUGGCCGGGUCUUCAGCACCAGCGAAGGAUCCCAGGGCCAUAGCCAGGAAGUAAGUGGGGAUAGAUGCUUGUCUCUCGAUGUUCAUUCGUAUCUUCUCAUGGCCUCUACCUUCCCUGUAAUCGAUUCGAAUUCCACCAUUUCUGUCAUCAGUUUCGAUCAUCGUAGAUUUUUUUUCUUUGAAUAUGUCUAGAUAUCAGUUGGACCUGUGUAAAAGAGCUAUGGAGGAGAAUACUAUUGUGCACUUGGGAACGGGCGGCGGGAAGACACACAUUGCCGUGCUUCUCAUGUACGAGCUUGGCCACAUGAUCAGGAAGCCGAGUAAGGAUGUCUGCAUCUUCCUGGCUCCGACUUUGCCCCUAGUUCAACAGGUGAUCAACUCGUGACAUAAUCGUAUUGCGUUUACUUUGGUUUUACUUUUGUUUUUUGUUUAAGGCCAAGCAUUGGUUUGACCUCCUAGUAUAGGUUCAAGUCAACAAUACUUUCAUUUCCGCAGGAAAAUGUUCAUUUUGAUCACAACUUUGGGCUUAUUAAUGCAUUUAGCACGUUAACAGUUCAGACACGUUCAAAAUAGAAAAAAUCACGGCAUACACAGACGUGAUUGAUUUGAUUCACUGUAUCAUGAACUCCUCGUACCAAUGCCUCUUUUCUGUAGUGUAGCAUGUUCUAACAAUAUUAGUUUCUUUAUCUCUUGAUUAAUGACAUCAUAGUUUUUUUGUGUAGCAAGGUGGUUAUAUUGAGAGCUCCACAGAUUUUAGGGUCAGGAACUACUAUGGGAAUUAUAAGAGCUUGAGUCACGAUUCUUGGAACAAGGAGAUAAAUGAAACAGAGGUUUGCUAUCGAUUUUUGCACUUUUAUAUAAGUUGUACCGUUUGAAACAUGUCAAUUUGUGACGACAACUCAAAGUAUGAUGUAGAAGCGGUCUGAAUUUUUCUACAUAUCCCCUCUUCAAUGCCAUUGACGGGGCACCAAUAUGUACCUUGUCAUUAAUCUUGUGACUGAGAUGCAUGCAUAUUUAUUAUGAAGGUUAUUUUGGAGACAUAAUUCAAUGGGCAUCUUUAUUAUACUAGAGAAGAACGGAUGUCAUGUUGUGCAUGUUGACACUUGGCCGCUAAUUUUUUUUUCCAAUGCCUUUUUUUCUUGUUGACAGAUUUUUUUCAGUUUCAUUCAUAGAAAUGUGUGAUGCUUUUCUCAAAAAUUUGCCCUUUAAAAAUAUUUACGUUGGGUUAUCAAAAGAUGCCUUCAAACACUUGUAUCAUGCAUAAUUUUUUUUACAGAUAUGAUGUUUCGAAAAAGUUCCUCGUAUUUGGUAAUUUAAACCGUCAAUAUGAAUAUGGGUAGCAACGAUUUGAUGCAUUCUCCCAGAAAGGUGAAUGGCACAGCAUCUUUCAUCAUGUCUAACUUCGGGCUAUGGGUUGAAGCAGAUGCAGCUUUCACUGCAGUGAUGGUAAAGCUGUCUUCAUCUUGUUGGAGAACGCAUCAAACAGUCAUCUUGGACACUGUGGGUGAUGAACUGUCUGAACACAAAUGGAAUAGCUGGACAUAUACUGCAGUUACCAUCGUCAUUGACUAUUUUUCCCCAAUGGUCGAAGCGAUCACAAAUGAAGUUCAUCAGCUCAUCAAGGCUGAUUUCUCAGAAGAGGUAUCCCACCUGGCUUGCCAAGUGGGAUACUUGAUUCCUUUAUGAUUUCUUCUUUCAGACUUUACUUAUUAUUGAAACCUUCAUAUUGUAUUACCAAAUUCGUAUUGACUAUUAUUUAUUAUUCUUAUUUUCUCUAGUAUUUGUAUAGUACUGGAUGACAUUUUGACAAUACACUUGAUGUUUCUUGGUUCGUACAGGUUCUUGUUAUGACACCUCAAAUAUUUUUGGACAAGUUGCGACAUUGUUACAUCAGGAUGGAGCUAGUUGCACUUUUAAUAUUUGAUGAAUGCCAUCAUGCCCAACUACACAAAAGACAUCCUUAUGCGCAAAUCAUGAAGGUCUGUUAAAGUUUCAUGCUAAUGUAGAUCGAGAAGUGAACUGUUAAUUAUUUGAUUCAUUUACACUCCCAUCUCUUUCCAACAUCUCAGGAGUUUUACAAAACUGAAACUGGGAGGCGACCCCGAAUCUUUGGCAUGACUGCCUCUCCUAUAAUUGGUAAAGGUGAGAUAUUUGACUCAUAUUCUAAUUUUAUUUCAUUUUGUGUUUCCUUUGUCUCUUUUCGGUACUUUUCUAUCAUUCUGGUGUCCUGUCAUUUUCAAAACUGUCGUAAUCCUUGUCAAUGAGGUCGGUUAUGCUUUGCGAAAUCGUACUGAUUUUUACUCGUUAUGUUGUCAAAUUGUCUUGAUGAAAUCUUGUUCGAAAAAUUGUGAUGUGGAAUCCCAGUUGGCUCUCCAUAUCACUAUGGGCUAGUUUUUCCUAAGUUUUGAACUCUUUCUUGUCAAAGCAGCUUGGAUUUUUUUUCUGAAUUUCUUUUUCUCAAGCAUCUUUCUUAUCAUGCGUGUAUUUUAUUUCCUUUUAUUUCCUCAUUUGACCUAAUUUUUUUUUCUGAUUGCAAUUGUGCUAUCAGUCUCGUGCUUUUUUUUCAAUCUCAUUAAUCAAUGAAGUAAACUGCAAGGUGCUGUAAGUGCUAAUAUCUUGGUUAUCCUUGAGACACCGUGUUUAAUAUAUUUCUCAAAAAAGUAGGUCACGCGGCUUAGUUACCACAGUAACUUUCUUUCUUUGCUGCUUCUAUACCAUAGUAUCAGGAUUCCACUAAAGGUUCGGCAUUCUUGUAGGUACAUGCAUAGUGAUCUCUUCAAUUUAUUCAAUUCCUAAGCUUAUUGAUGGUCAUAUUUCUUGUAUUGAGGUUGAUUGACAAAGUUUACCUUUGGAUCUGUAGGUCUUCCAUGUAUGUCCCAGGAUUGCUAAUUCUUCUCAAAACCAUUGUCAUGUUGUCUAGUGUUUUUGCUUGCAUGUAAUCUCAAGUUGAGAAGGGAAAGUUUUGGGGUUGCCUUGGAUGAAUAUGGAUCUCUCUACAGCUGAUCAGUUUCGUCCCCUCUAGCAUGUAUAUGCACUUAAAAUGAUAAACAUGUCCUCAAGAUUUCCUGAUCUCUGUGUUGGGUCGUUUGGUUUUUGUCAGUGACAUGAAAAAUGAAAAGACAUGUACCUCUGUCUGUGUAUUGUUUUGACGUUUUAGUAUUUGAAUUUAGGUUAGAUAAUUGAAAAGGGUCAACAAGGGAUUCGGUUUCCCUUUGUGACUGGAAUUCAGAAAAUGGGAACCUUUCUUCCGGUGAAAUGUUUCCGAGUUAUAUAAUUUAAAUAUAUAUUUUUUGCUGCUUUACUAAUGUUCAAAACACUUUUAUGUGUUUUUGAAUUUAAACUUCAUGUACAGUUUCCGAAUAGUGUUUAAGAGAAAAUAUUUACCACAUUAAAAGCCUGUUUAAUUACUUCUCUGGCUACGCAAUUUCUCAGGACAUUCUCGCAUAUGCUUAUCUUGAAAGGAGAGAUUCUUCUUUGGGACUAAAUAAUGAUUUUUUGUCGACCUUUGUUGUUUUCAUGUCUUCCAACACAUUUGUUUACAGGCGGAUCAAACCAGUUAAAUUAUGCCAAAUGUAUCAACAGUCUUGAAUGUUUACUGGAUGCCAAGGUGGGGUGGUAAAAAAAACUAUUUUCCGGAAAGACAAUUUUUUUAAUUAUAGUCAAAUGUUGCAAUGGAUUUUCUUUUUCUGUUUUACCUACGUUGCUUUGAUCUAUUUUUAGAGAUAUUUACCCUUACCUGCACCUUUUCCAGAAGAUAAUAUAUUUGAUAAUAUUGGCACACAUGAUACACAAUAACAACCUCCAAUUAGGUUUUGAGGAGAAGAAAUCUGACUAGGACUUUCUCCUUAAUUAUCAUAAAGACAGGAGAAGUUUUGGUUUUGUAUGUCAGGGGAUCCUUUUUUUAACCUUUAUUGAUAUUGCUAAGGUGCUUUUAAUCCUCAUUACAUGCAUGGAUAUGGUCUACUUAAUAGCUUCUAUGCCUCCGCAACUCACUUUUACGAGUGUUUCAGGUUUUGAUUGAAGAGGAAUUUGUUAUCUCUUGUCAUUUCUAUAGGCUUGAGAUAAUAUAGGUGUCGAGCUUUGUAAGUUUGUUUAAAUUAAGCUUACCCCGCUGACUGAAGUCAGUAUUAUAUUCCUCUAAUACAAGAACACUCCUGAAUAAACCAUCAUAAAAUUGAUACCACAUUAUUAUUUUUUAUUGCAUAAAAGUCGAGCAUAAACAUGAACGCAGUAUGAUGCCCUGACAUUAUUUUGUAGGGUAAAUUCCGUCUGGAAAAUAUGAUGGUCCAUCGUAGAGUCUAUUGGAUAACACUCAUUUGAUAAUUUAUGGGAUAAACCUUAUAAUGCUUAUUGAGGUUUAUCCAGUGAUAAGGCCCACAUAACCAAUUUAUGGGAUGCCCUUUUUUAAUGUCCCUGUGGGAUGUGGCCCAUUUGUCAAACUUAAAGGUCGAGACCCAUGUAAAUAUCCUAUGGGAUGCAGAGCCCGUUUUUGUCCCAAUUGAUCAUGUCAUUUGGGAUGCAGGCCCAUUUGAAAAACUUGUUUGUCAAGGUUCAUUUGGAUUAUUAUAAAAAUCCUUGAACGUCCCUUGUGAGUUGAUUGAAAUUAAAAGUAGUAUCAUCAAAAAUCUCCAACCAAGAUGCUCCUAUUACUCCUACUGGGAUGAUAUUAAAUUCUUCAAUUAUAGUUAGUCCCCAUGUAGCUUUAACACCAUUAGCAACCAUGAUUCUCCCUUUAAAUUAUUUAGCUUUGACUCCUUGCCUCUUGGCUUACCGUGCUUGAAUAAAAUUAUGGAUACGUCCUGAAUCUAUAAGAAUUAACUUAAAUUUACUGUCCAGGUACCAUUUAACAUGAUAAUCUUAUAAUAAGAAGCGCCAGAAAUGUAUUGUAAUGAAUUUCAGGAUGCUUUUAUUUAUUGACUUAUUCCAUUUACUCAUUUAUAAUAUUGUCUUUACAGUUUUAUAUCAGAAAUAUUUUUUUCUAUUUUUACAUGUGCGACUGAGAGUAUACCUCUAUCACAUGACAAACAUAAUGUCUUUUCCCUUCUGUCUACUCAGCAUUUAAAUUUUGUAAAAGUAAUUUUCGUGAUGCUUGGGUUGAGAUGUGAGAGUUGGCAGGAUUCCUCUAGUAUUUGGUUCAAAAAAUAUUUUUCUACUGAGGAAUCUUUCUUCGUGUAGUGUUAAUAUUUUAACAGGAAAGUGGACAUCCUUCAAAUUAUGAACCUUGCCGUUGGUUUGAGUGUCUUCUUUCAAGCUGCUGAGUGUUGAACGCGAAAUUUUCUUAUAGUCUUGAUAGUUGACUAGAGAUGUAUUAAAAUUAGUCAGAUACUCAGAAAUCCCAGCUUGUCUCAAUUUGGGUAUACAUUCCCCUAUGAUAUCAAAUUUUCAAAGGAUUUUUGGAAACUCGCUUUUAUGUUAGGGACGUCAAAACAAUUCAUCACAGCUCUUACUGAACUGAAGCGAAACUAGUCAAAAUGAGUGACGAAUUUAAAUUCUUUGCUAGAGUUCUGAUGAGAAGAACAGAAAAGGGAGCUUCAGAAGAUGGAGUUUGACAUAUAAUCCUUUAAGAAAUUGAUUUAGCCAGAUGGGUGACCAAAGAAUACCAAAAGAGAGAAACAAUCAAGUGUGGGAAAUGAUGGAAAGAUAAAAGGAUAAAACAGAGGGAUGAGUAUACUAAAUAAAACUAUUAUCUAGUCUGAUGUCUCCUUGUUUAUAAUUUACUGUAAAACGUCUUUAAUGCCAACUUUGACUAACAAGCGUAGGAGCCUGCUAUCAUGGCCAGUGUCCCGAACCGCUGGUCAGAGCACCCCAAACCAAGAUGCGCGACUAAUGCCUUUCCAUUAACAAUGCCUGGUCCCUAUCAAAUACCCAAUGGGAAUAUGUUUUCUCUUCGGUAAAUACAUUUUCUUGUUUGAUAGAAAUUAUAUAAAUACUAUAAUUUACAAUAUAAGUUACACAGGUUUGCUUUGUUGAUGAGAAUGUAGAGCUAGAAAGUAUAGUAGCUUCUCCUGAUGUGAAGGUAUACUUUUAUGGACCUGUUGGUGUCAAUGGUUCGGACUUCAAUCAUACAUACUGUAAAAAGCUGAAGGAGAUAAAAUCGCAUGUAAGUUUUCUUCUUCUUGCUUUACAUCCUUGGUAAAUUUUCUCUUGUCUCACUCAUUCUCUUUGCUCUUGAUCUGAAAUAGUGUAUUUCCAUGGCAAGAGAGAAUGCUGCUGAUCUUAGAGAUUUUCAGAGGAGGAUAAAGCUGCUCAUGAGGGUUCAUGCUAAUUUGAUCUUCUGUUUAGAGUAUAUUGGUUUCUGUGGUACAGUACAUGUGCGUCUAUGAUUAACCUUCUAUAGUGCUGCAUUCUUAUUUCAACUACACCUUAAUUCUUAGUAACAGCAUAUUUUUGCCUUAAGAUAGCCUUCCCUUUUGAGAUAUUCUGGUAUUUCUGAGUUAGUUAUGUAGUGUUUCAAUUUUUCUCGUCUGUGUUUUAUGUGGAUGCUCGUUUCCAACUGGUUCUGAUCAGAUUUAACUUUUGAAUUAUCUUCUUCUGGGACUGAACGGGUUACUAUAGUUUUCUUUGGGGAUAACAUAUGAAAUUCAUGUAAAAGAAGCACCGACCAGGCAAUUAGAUUUGUUCGGUGAACUGGAGAAAUCACUGGAUAAAUCAUUUUUUGAUUGACAUGUAGAUAGCGAUUGAGGUAAAGAAAAGAGGGGGAUGUGAAUAAGAUAUGUAAAGCAUUGGUAAUAUAUAUUUUACACAGCUAGCUUGGCUUGCGGACACAAUUAAAAAAUAUCAAUGCAAUAAUGUUGAUGAUAGUUUUGGGAGAAGUAAACAAGAUUAAAAGUAUCAUCAGUAAUGAUGUAGUGAGAAUUGACAAUCAAUGUUUGGGGAAUUUGAGAAGCAACAUAAAAUAGAGAAGAUGAAGAAAGUAAGUUGCAAAGAGGUUUAUAAUACUACAGCAUAGCCAAAAAGAUGUGAAUAAUUAGAGAUCCAUUAUUUUGAAGUGGCAACAUAAGUGGUAGUUAAAUUGCCGGAAUUUGACUGCCAUAGAUCAGAUAAGUUUACUGUCAGAUUGUAUUACUUCAGAUUUAGCUGAUCGAUGAAACUUUUUUAUGUUCGAUUUGUGUGUUGUUCUUCUUUAAUGUCUUUUUUUCCCAGUUGAACAUGCUUACUUACUUGUAAUCUGAAUGAUUAACAAGUAUAUUUCUUUUUAACAUAUAUUUGUGAUGUGCAUAGAUAAUUGUUUGUUUGGAGUGUAAAAUCAGUUUAGUUUUUUCACCAAACGUAUGCUUAAAAUCACAUAUCCGAAAACGAUUUAAAUAGUUGGUUAUUUUUUAUUUUGAUUAAUUCCUGAAUACCUCGUUAUUUUCUUGUGUAAGUUCUCUAGAGCAAGAAAGCAGGAAAAUUGUUGUUACCUUAUUUACUUUCUUAACAUACUUUUUUUUUAAAAUUUAAAGGCUGCUCAUGCUCUUCUUAGUGGUGAGUGCUUUGACGUGAUGGCAAUGGAUGCAGACGACUGCAAGGAUAACAGCUUAGCACUUCUAUACUUGGACCAUGCCAAUUCUACUUUUAAUCGUGAUCCUUUGAUUGGUAAAAUUCAUGUCUUCUAUUUAUGAAGCUGAAGUUGUAGGAUAACUUAUGACUUAUUUAGGAUUAUUGUUUUACAAGGACCACUAUUAUACAUGGUAAAUGAAUCAUUUCUUUUAAUACUUGUUUGGUGAUGUAUCAAUAGUAGAUCCCCUGUCUCUUUAAUACAGUUGUCUGCGUAUGCAAGCCAUGAGGCUGUCACAGAGACCUUAAGCGGAUUGGAUCCAUAUAGGUCACAAAUAAGUAUACCAACGAUUUAAUAUCAGUGCUCUACAUUGUCAGUCAGUUAAUAGAUGUAAAUGUCCAAUAUGAAGGCCCAUUCUUUAACUGGGCAUGUAGAACCGUGUCAUGAUAUUUGUUCUCAUCAAUUCCAAAACUGAAGGGAAAACAAUCAACUCUUAUUUUUUCUGAACGGGCUUAUGCAAUUAAAGCAAUGACACUUGGAAUGCUCUCAUUGCCUUCUAUUCUCAGCUUUGGACUGCAGUAUCUGUUGCAAUUUAUUUUCAAUUCUAGCUGCCGGAAAAUAUGACAGGGGAAAUAGCUAAACAGUCAGACAAUUAGUCUCAACCCUUGUCUAGAAUUGUUCUUUUUUUGAUUCAUGGCUCAUUAAUUAGAUAAGACUAGAUAAUCGAAACUUCAGCGGUUCCUGAUGUAAUUUCGUCUUUUUAAUACUAUCAGCUGGAUAAAUUAUCUGGGAGUGGCUGGGGCUUCCAAUAACUCUUGCAGCCGAACGUUGGCCAAGAGUACAAAAGCUGGCUGGUUGAUGCUGAAACUGGCUGAACCUGAUUUCAAUGAGAUGAAAUCAAUUUAGAACAGCAUUUUUCUUAUCAGAAGGGUAUUACAAGUAAAUUUAAAAUACGGAUUCACGAAUAACAUGUUUUGAAAAAAAAGGAUGGAGAGUUUUCGUUAUGGAAAUAUCUGUUGAGAAUUGAUCUUGAUCGAGAUUCUUGCAGCUUGGAGAAUGAAAGGAGUCGAUCUUCAUGAUCCUCCUCUUCCAGGAAGAUGAAUCAGUCACCACUUAUUGGAGCAGUGUUUUCGUAAUCCCAAAUACAUACAUCAACUAUCAUGGUUUCCCGCUUAAGUACAGGUUACAUGAGUUAAUGGGCCAGGCCCAUUACAUUAGUCUUUAAGUGGAUCCGUUAACAGUCUAAUAGACCCACUUAACAUGACAGGAAAGGCCGAAAAUACAGUGAAAAGAAACAGAUAGAAAGAAAAAACAAUCCUAGAAAAUUUAACAAUAUCAUUUGCCAUUUUACAUCUCGUAUUUGAAUGGAACACUGACUUAUGGCUUUCUGGAACGGUUUUUGAAGGAACCUUGAGUUUGCAUGUCUGGUCCUGUUCUUUUGGAAUUUGCUCCUUGUUGCAUCUGUGGUUUUUAAAUGUAACAUAUUUCUUCAGAUCUGUAGUGGAAAGCUUCAACUUAAUGGGAUGUUUUGAGUUCACUACUCGUGCAAUUGUUUUGGGAGUGUUUGUUAGCUGCAAUUAUUUUUAAUCGGCAUCAGAUGAUGCCGCACUUUUAUGAAUAUGGGAAGAUACUGUUUCUUACAUAAAAUAUCUGUUUCGUCACUCUUUUAUCGGAUUUAUCUUUCUUAUUUGAGGUUUCUCUGUGCUAUUGAAACCUAAGCUUGGCAUAAUGUAAAUUGUCUGAUGAUGAACUAAUAAUAGUAUAGAAUUCUUACUAAAUUUGUAUAUCACCUAAUUUUAUGUCCAUUCUUUAUGUUGAUGCUACAGGUUGUAUGUCUACUGGUUGUGAUUCCUAUUCUUUAGAAGGCUUAGAGGAGCCAUUUUUCUCAAAGAAGUUGUCCCUUCUCAUUGAAAUACUUCAUGAGUACAGGUUGGUAUUCAACUUUCGUGAACCUGUGAUAGCUUACAGAUUUGUUACUUAAUGACUAAUCAGUUUGACAACUUUUGAGUUAGUUUAUGUGGAACAUUCCAUUUUGAAGGUUUUUAUUUGUACUUGUCGUGAAUAGUGCUAGUGCAAAUCCUAGGAGAAGGAAUAUGCGAAGGAAAAAAUCACUUCAUGUUCAGCUCAUAGAUGACUGUUAUGUACAAGUACCAGGGCCAGAAAACAAGGAAACUACACAGUAUACUAGGAAAAAGGUUCAACUAAGGACCAAACUUAUAACUACUCUUUAUUCACAGCUUGGAUACAAUACUUUGAAAUAUUGUAAUACUUCAUCCCUUAGUACAACGGCAAGUUGGCUUGGUAUAGGAAAAAGGUGUUGUUGGAGGGGGGAGUUUCUUGGCCGAUUGUUAGAGGAGGAAGAACCCUAGUUGCCUUCUUGUUGAGACAUAGGCGGAGAGGAGAAUAAUGGCUCGAUCUCAUUAAGAGUAAAUUGGGCUUGAUAAUUAUAUCAUAUGUGCUGGCCCUAAUAGUCAGCCUGGGGUGGGUCCGUCCUUCCUCAAUCAAAGAAGUUUGAACUGAAUGCACCCCAAAAGCAUGACAUCCGUCAGCAGAAUCUCCUUGCGUGCAAGAGACAUCUAUUGCAUCGACCGAGAUACAACAUCUGAGUCGGGGGGUGGGGGGGGGGGGACACACGCCAGUGAUUCUCUGAGCUGGUUGUUCAUUCGAAUAGGAAUCAAGGUCUCCAUACCAUAAAAGGCUUCGCAGCUAUUAUAUAAUGAGCCAAUUUAGCACGAAAAAAAAUCAUCUUAACGUUUACAUUAGGGCAGGUAGGUUCUUCAGUAAGCUAGAUUGAACCAAACCAGGUCAAGGAUAGAUAUACAAAACAAUUAAAAUUAAAAUAAUCAAUCUGCUCCAACUUUUCCUUGAAAAAGUGUCUAGCAAUCUGGAUGUUUUCUUCAAUCAUAUUGCAUUGGAUUGUGAACGCUAAGUGUAGACUGUGUCACACAACAGAGCCCCAUUGGUCCAUCCCAUUUAAUCUUUAGGUCUUCUAAGAUGUUCUUUAACCAAAGUAGUUCACGCAAACUUUGAACCAUUGCUCAGAAUUUAUUCUUGACACGACUAUGUUACCACAUUCUUUUUCUUCUCCUUGUCACGAGAUUGUCGCCAAAAAAGGUGCAAUAUCCAAAAGUAGGUCUCUUGUUGACCACUGAUCCUAAAUCAAUAUCUAUGUAUGCCUCAAGUACCAAUUCUUUAUUUCUCCUAAAUAGAAUACAUUUUCCUAGUGUCUUUUUGAGAUAUUGUAGCAUUUGGUGAGCUGCCUACAAAUGGACUUCCUUUGGACCAUGCAUGAAUUAGCUAAUCACACUGACUCUAUAUUCUAUAUCUGGUCGUUUAUAAGGUUAGAAUCAUUCUUCCUAAUAGGCAAUGGUACAUCUCCCUAUCUAUAGCUAUAUCUUUCUUUGCCUUCCUAGGUUUGAGAUUCAAAUCUAUUGGUCUUACUUGUUUCUAUAAGAUCCAUAACAUACUUUUGUUGGGAGAUGAAAAUAUCCUUCCUCGAUUGAGAGAUUUUAUUCUUGAGAAAAGAUUUCAGCCACUAAUGCCUUGAUUUCACAUGCCAUAGCCAAAUACUAACUUUGCUAGUCUCCUUCUUUAUUUCUAGUCACAUUUAUGUCAUCAACAUACUGAGAGUUUUAUGACUCUCCUCGAGGAUGAGUCUUUAAUGAAUAGUGUGUGAUCCCUUUGAUUUUAUAUUUGCUCCAUGGCAAUCACGACUCUUAUAAAUCUACCAAACUAUGUCCAAUGUGCUUGCUUAAGUCUAUAGAACACUUUCUUCAAUUUGCACAUUAUAUGAGCAGCCAAAUUAUUUCUAUAACUUGGGGGGACGUUCAUAUAUGUUUCAUCUAGUUCACUGUCCAAAAAUUAUUUUAAACAUUGAACUGUUAUGACUCCCAGUCAUCAUUAGAUGUUAAUGACAAUAAGUUUCUAAUAGUAUUCAUCUUUGCAACUAGAGCAGAAGUCUCUUGGUAUAACCCUUAGCAAUCAACCUGGCCUUAUAUCUCCCUGUAGAUCUAUCUACUCAAUACUUCACUAUACAUACCUAUUUUUCCCCCCAUAGUUUCUUUCUUACUAGCAGUCUUAUUAACUCGUAAGUUUUGUUCUUCCAUAAUACUCUCAUCUCUUCAUUCAUAGCUUGUUUCUACUUUUUGGUGGACAAAACCUCAGAUAAGCUGGUGAGGAUGACAAUGAUGUUUAAAUAAAGUAAUAAAGAAGGUUCUAUGAGAUGAUGAAAAAUGUUUAUAGGACAGUAAGUGUGUCAGAGGAUAUAAAGGCUAUUUGUACAUUCUCUAGCCUCUUUUCUAAUAGAAAUGAGAAGAUUCUUGUUUUUUUUUUAAAUUCUUGGAUUGAUGAUCCAUAAUGAGUACAUCUUUUCGGAUCCUGUGGAUCCAUCGCGGGAUGGGUCCUUCGGGGGGUUGGGGAACGGGAUUACAUGUGUUAUACUCUUUCCCCUAGAUUACAUGAUGUCGCCGAUAUUGGUAUCGUGUUGUAUGGGCCAGAGUGCCAGCUAUUGGGCCUAUUCUAUGGAUGGCCAUCAGUUAGUUCCUUCUGUCUCUUAGCUGCAGUUUGGCCUCCGAACCGGUGGCCGGUUCAUAUUGCUUGGCAUACAUCUAAUUCUAUGAUUCUUGUUAUCAUUGCACAUCUGAGUUUUAGGUUCAGUUCACAAUGGAGGAUUAGAAAGAUACAAGUUGGAUUUUAAGACUUGCACAGAUUCAGGAACAAUUGCCUUCUUCCUUGACUACACGUUUCCUUUACCGAAUCUCACAUUUUCAAGGUCAGUGUUAGAUUUUUCAUGGCGGUUUUCUAGUGUUUCAAAUUCGGUGUUUAGGAUGGACUUAGAUGUCAGUUCAAGAUUUGGCAUGGACUCUCAUUCAUGCUUACACAAAGGAACUAGGAAGCAAUACGAAGUGAUGACAGAUCAAGUAAGAAAUUCCCAUCUUUAUCUUCAUUGAUUGAAGCCUCCCACUGAACAUAAGGUGUGGUGAAGUGUUACUCUUGUUAAUUUAAAGUGACAUCCAUUGAGAGAGAAUUUCUUAAAUGGAGGGUGGUGAUAAAUGUGGAAUAGCCCACAAAAGUGUAUUUUUGAUGCUCUAAAAUAUAACUUCCCAGUAUGUUGACCAUAAAUGAGAAGAUGAUACAUACCCAAAUAUUCUGGGGUCAAGAUUAUUUGUAAUUUUUAGGUUUGAAUAAAAUACUGACAAUGUUUUUAUUGGACUUGAAUCCUAAGACUCAAGAAGGCAAAUGAGUUAUGAGAUGAGUACACGUAAGAACUAUUUCUCCCUGAAAAGAUUUGACACAUUACUUUGAAAAGAAGGCCCUGGGUUACCUCGAGUAGAUAACCUUUUUUUCCUUUCUGCAGCUCCAUUUUUUUGUAAUGUUUUGAUGCACGAUGACUCAUAUAAUAUCCCUUCUGUUUGAAAGAAUGGAGGCAGGAUUUGAUGAAAUAGUCCCUUGCAUUAUCUUAUAUGAACCUUUCAACAUUGAUCUCUAGUACAUUUGUAAUCAUGAAAUAAAAAUUUGGGAGAAUAGUACUAGCAUCAGAUUUAUUAUUGAUUAAACAAAAUCCAAGUAACAAGAGAACGAUCUUCAAUAAAUGUCACAAUCCAUCUUACCCCAGAAACAUUGGAAACAGUUGAAAGACUUAGAUAUCGCUAUGAAUAUGGAAGAAAAGAAUAGAACUUCUUUCAUUGCUUACUGGAAAAGGCAUGCGUUUCAGUCGAUUCUAAAAAUAUCUUGACAUCAUCUAUAUACCAAUCAAGAUAAAAAGCUCUUUGUUUUGGCAUUUUUCACAUAAUGGUAAUGUUUGGUAUCAUGAAUCUCCGGACCCUGUACAUGGAGGUGGUUUCAAAACAUAUCAUGUUCCUUUCCUAUUUAUCUUUUGUACCUUGGUGCACACUACAUGUAUAUUUUGUCACGCAGGUCGUCAUCGAUUCUCGAUAUCAAACCAAAAUAACAAUAUGAAUAGUAAGCAGAAUGCGUGAGAUAACCCACUUUUGCCUUUUCUUUACCACAUGUGUUAAGCCUUUGACUAUCACUAGUGUACUAGGAUGCUCAUAGAAGCACCUACUCUAUACUUACCAUAAGCACUCACUUGAAAGACUAUCAUCUACCAUUAGAAAAAUCUACAUUUGUUUUUUUCCUUGUGUUCCCACCUCCUCAUCUAUCAUUCCCAUCAUUUUGGAUCCUUUAACCACUUAAAGAGAAUUAAGAGUAGUAAGUAAAAUAGGCAAAUUUGGAGAAAUAAAAAUAUAAGAGGAUGACAAACCUGCAAAUAGUACUGUACGAGAGACAAAAGAUGAAAGAAACUAGAAGGCUAAGACCCUUUUGAACGUGAUCACUUCAAAUAGAAUCCACCCGCUACUGUAAUAAGUAGUAGACUAUUCGUCUAAUAAUCAUUGUUUAUAGCACACCUUACAAUACAAAAACUCGGACUUUUCAAAAAUAUUUCAAGAGGGUGGACAACAACAUGUACUUGUUAAAAAGCUGGAAAAAUUUCCCACAGCAGAGGAUCACAUGUAGGAACAUGUUCCGAAUAACAACUUCAGGGACAUUUUUCCUUGUCAUUGGAUCAAGACACCCUUGUCUACUUGGCAAAUUACCAAGGAAAACCUUUGAGAGCAUGAUGAUGAAGUGUAGAGGGCAAAGCUAGGACAAAAAACAAAGGAUUAACAACCAAGAAAAUCAUGUCUGGAGAUGAAAUAAAGGGCAAUCAAGAUUACGCAGGGUUAAGGGGAGGGAGACAUCCCAAGUUCCCUAGCUAGUUUCUUGUUAAUGAUAUAGCUAAAAUUGUGGUAAGAACCUUGAUCCAGAUCCUUUCAAGAAGAGAAACAGGGAUUAGGGAAAAGGGGUUUGAGUCGUGGUGACCAAAUCAGUUCUACCACGACAGGCAGAGGAUCUCUGUAAACUUCUAGGACCAAGUGUUUCUUUUUCUACCCCCCCUACAGCCGAGUUCCCUUAUUUAUAACUCUCAAUUCUCUAACAUCCAUGUGCAGUGGUUGGAUCCAUAGAACCUGGGAGUUUCUUCCUUCUUGAGUAUGUCUUGAUGGGGGUUGGGUGGGUUUAUCAAAUUGUGUGAGAAAUUGAUUAGCCUCUAUUUUCUUUACAAGAUGACAAGUUUUCUCUGAAGUGUAUCAUCAACAAUUUGUUCAGCUUACAUGGAACCAUUUAAAUAUUUUUAUGGACACUCAUUCUCACGGUCAGAUCUCAACAAUUCAACCUUUUCGCAUUUAUUUUUCACAUCUUUUAUAUCAUAAUUAAACAAAAGAGGAUCCUCCCCUAGAAAAGUGCCGUGUUGGCUUAUUGGACUAAUUGUAUGGGAAAAUUAUCCACUAGUUCUAAUACACUAUACACAGCCAAACCCCUGUUGUGGACCUGAUACUAAUUUUUCUCCUAAAAAAUGGAUCAAUCCACAUCUCUCUCAAGGCCACUCCAGCCUCAUUAUGUAAACAACAAAAAUGCCCCUUUCCUGUGUAAUGCUGCAGUUAUCUUAAGAGAUCACCAUAAUAAGAUGAUGACCAAGAACACGAGACUGCUCUCUAGUCUGCCCUGCCCCUUCCAUGUGGAUUUUCUACUCAAUAUCUCAUCUCUUUCCCACUUUCUUCUUCUUCCUUUAUUCCUCAUAUAACGAGGAUGGUAUUUAAGCACUGGUCAUGAUUCAGGAUUUACAUCAUAUCAAAAAAACAGGGAGCUUCUACAGCUAUUUUCUUCUAUUGUGGUAUCUUUCCCCUUUAGUAGAUUGUGUUUUUAUAAAUCUUAAAUUCUGUCUUGUGGUUUACCUCUUCUGGUCUUAUAUGAAUCUUUGUUUCAUUUCUUCCCAUAUUCACCACCCCUCACAAAAUAAAAGCUAAACGGAUUAGUAAAGGUUGAGAAAAAACUAUAUUCUUGAAGACUAGUUCAAAGUGUGGAUGCUGCUGGGAUUCAUCCCUCUUCUUGAUGCACUAAGCAUGAGACAAAUCGCUGAUACUCUUAACGAUUCUCUUCCUGUCCACAACACCAUUGAAGAGGAGCUCAAAGGUUGCCACAGUUUUAAAUAGUUUGCCUUCUUUCUCAUUUGCAAAGUACAGGCUCGCAGGCCAAUCAUUGCUUUUGAGCAAGCGUCUUCAUCAUCUUUGAGCAAGUCAAUGAUCCCCUUUAUGGGUUGGCUAACUUGAAUGAAGAAAAUUAUAAUGUGUGGAUCAUCUCAUGAGUGAUAGGAAAGUGUGUGGUAUGAAUCAUGAAAUUGAAAUGCUGAUGAGUUGAAUAAUAAGCAUGGAUCAUCUCCCUCCUAAAGGAAGUCAUCUACAAAAUUUUGGUCAUUAAACAUUGUGACUGGACACAUCAAUGGAACGUAUAUUUAGGAGCUCGAUUUAUAAUUGAACCAUUUUAGUAUACCUUGUUGUCUCCUAUUUGUUCGGUUUCCUAGUUGUUAUGUAGUUUCCUAUGUUUGUGGCCCUGGUAAUUGCAUAUAACAGUCAUCUAUGAUCUAAAUACGAAAUGAGUCUGUCUUUUGCAUAUUCUCUCUCCUAGGGUUCGUACCGUCACUGUUGAUGGCAUGGUAUCAAAGCCUCUAGAGUUCACUUACUUUCGUCUGCUGUAACCUAGAGUUUAGACAAGAGUUGCUUGUUUCACGGGAGUCAGGAAGCCUCAUCAUUCUGGUCACUAAUCCACAGGGGAAGAAAGAUGACGGAAUCAAAGGUAGAGGAUGGGUACAUGCUGCAUGAACACUGGGUUCAUGCCCAUUUUUUCUUCUCCGCUUUUUGAUUUGGAUGUGGAGCAUCCUUGGUUUUGGAAGAGAAGCAUCCUAGAGAUCAUUGUACUGGUUCAUGACCCCGUAGAGCAGAUAUGGUGAGAUCACUGUGAGAUCAUUGUAAGGUCUUCAAAAACCUUAUUUUUGGUUUCAAUAAUUCGAUUCCAUUAUUUAUUUUCUACAAAGGCAGAAUGAAAGACUACUUCAAAACUGCUACAUGAAAUCUGUGUUUGCAUGGAAGCUGUUGCGUUGGUUGUUUGAGCAAUAUCUCGUGUACAUUGACUUGUCGACUUUUGGUUAUUUGGGACACAUUUCUUAUAUAUAUUAUGCUAGAAACUCGAAAGGAUUUUCUUGAGUUCAUCUAUCAUAUAAGGCAUGUUUUUUUCAGUUGCCAUUUCUUCAUCUUGUACAUUAAUCCGUUUAUCUUUGCAGGGGGAGAACUAAUAUCAAAUGCAUAGUUUUUGUGAAGAGAAUCAUUGUUGCGAAAUCAUUAGCUCGUAUUCUUGGUAAUUUAAAAUCUUUGGAGUUUUGGAAAUGUGAAUUCCUUGUGGGAUUUCACUCUAGAUCUGUCACGCGGAAAGGAAUGAAUGGCAUUGUUGAAAAAUUCAGUAGUGGAGAGGUAAUUAAACGCUGUUAUUGGACGCUAAACCUCAGUAAUAUUGUCAGUUUUAUUGUGGUGAUGCUGAUUUCUUUAUCGCCUGCUUUAUUGUCUAGUUCUCAAUCCUACGCUUACACUUGUAGUAUUGAAGAAACUCAUUUGCAUGUUGCAUGUUGUACUGUAAUGUCAGGCGUACGGUUUUGAUCUGCUCAAUUGUUUCUCAAUUGCAUAGCUUUUACGGAUGAAUCAUUUGGAUUUGAAUUGCCUGUUUUCUAUCUGCUUUCAAAUGGGGUACUCAGGUUCCCCUUAAAUUGUAAAAGGAACAAAGAUAUAACUGGUGGUGAAAAGAGUGGCACCCCACACAUACUUGUGGAUGGAAGGGGAUAGGGAACAGGAAGAAAAAAAAAACGUUUGCUGCCUGCUAUACCUCACUGUAGCUGAACAUUGUUUCCCACUAUCAGAUAUGACUAAUUGCUUCAUGUGGAGAACUGUCCUGUUUGCAAAAUUACUAUCAUGUAGAAACCAUGAAUCUUUCAUGGAUGAGGAAUUGUGAUGCGCAGAAGGAUGCUAAGCAUAGGCCUCAAAAACCGAAGCAUAAAACACAUGGUGACCCCAAUGGGGAUUUUAUAAAAUGAGGAUUUAUUAUUAAACAAUUUAAAAUGAAAUAGCUAAAAGUGAGAAAAAAAACAGGAAAAUUAAAUUAGGAUCCUUUUUAUUGUGACCCAAAUUUGGUAAUGAACCUACUCAGUCUUCAAGCUUUCUAGGCCUCUGGUCCACUUAAGUUGGGUUGUAAAUGGGUUGCAUCACGUAUUCAAAUUAUAGAUGACUAAUGCAUACAAUUACUAGGACCACAAAACAAAGAAACCACCUAACAACUGUGAAGUUGACAAUCUAAGAAAAGAGCCAACAAAAUCUGAAAUGGUCAAACUAAGAGCCUGUAAUUGACUCAAAAAACAAAGAGAACAACUAGUAUUUAUACUAGUGUUUUAAUAUAUAAAUGUGGGGUACUUCGGUCCAAACUACUAAAUGGGCCAACCUGACUCAUUCUAGACUAAGACAUAACUCUAACAUCCCCCCCUCAAGUUGGAGCGUAUAUAUCAUAAGCUCCUAGCUUGUUAUAGAGAAAUUCCAUCUUUUGACCAUUUAGUGACUUGGUAAAUAUAUCAGUAAGUUGAUCCUUAGAGUUAACAUUCAUGGUAGUGAUGAUCUAUGUUUGGAUCUUCUCUUUGAUGAAGUGAUAAUCAACUUCAAUAUGUUUUAUUCUUUCAUGAAAUACAAGAUUGGAGGUAAUAUGAAUUAUUGAUUAGUUAUCACAGUUUAGCUCCAUAGGACUUGAAUGAAGAAAGCCCAAUUCUUCAAGAAGAUGUCUGACUCAUAUAAGUUCAUAUGUAGUGUGUACCAUUACCCUGUAUUCUGAUUCUGCACUUGACUGUGAGACCACAAAUUCUUUCUUACUCUUCCAAGGAACAAGAUUGCUACCAGGAAAGAUUUAAUAGCCAGUUAUAGAUUGCAGCCUGCCUAGUCUACAUCUGAAACCUUGGACAGUGAGAUUACCAUUAUUCCUAUAUAAUAAUCUUUUGCUUGAAUUUCUCUUAAGAUAUCUGAGAAUCCACAUAACUACAUCUAAGUAUUUUGUACGUGGUUGUUGCAUGAAUUGACUCACCACACUAAUGAGGAUCCCUUUCUGGGGUCGGACAAGUGAACUGCAUUCGAUUCCCUUGAGAGAUUAUGUAUGUUCAUUUUUCUUUGAAGCAUCUGCUUUUUAACAUUUUAUUGGUUUGCCCCUAAUAAUUCUGGAUAUGGCAGGUUAAUCUUUUAGUUGCAACUGCUGUAGCUGAAGAAGGUCUGGACAUUCAAACAUGCUGCCUUGUUGUAAGGUUUGAUCUGCCAGAAACUGUUGCCAGUUUCAUCCAGUCUAGAGGCCGUGCUCGGAUGCAAAAUUCAGAAUAUAUUGUUCUUCUGGAAAGGUUCUUUUGAAAGAUUUUGUAUAUUUGUUUUAAGACUUAUGUCUCAUUUUUUUACACGGGGGUUUCUUAUGUAGAGGUAAUGAUUGCUGUUUACCUUUUGCAAACUUCUUAUCUCAGGGGAAACGAACGUGAAGAGCGGAUGCUAGAUAAUUUCAUGUUUGGUGAAAAAAUCAUGAAUGACGAAAUUUCUUGUAGAGCAACUAGCGAGACAUUUGAUAAUCUGGAGGAGACAACUUACAGAGUUGAAACUGGUGCCUCUAUCAGUACCGGGUGCAGUGUUCCACUUCUCCACCACUAUUGUUCAAAACUUCCACAUGAUGAGUAAGGCUAACUGUCAUACUUGAUGGUAACUUUAACUCCCAAGCUGGAUAUAAUUGUGACUAAGAAUAUCAAACAACAUUUCUGAUGACAGAUAUUUUACUCCAGCACCAAAAUUCUUUUUCAAAGAGGAUUUAAGUGGAACCAUCUGUUGCAUAUGUCUGCCUCCCAACUGCCCUAUUCGCCAAGUAGAAAGUUUGCCCUUAGCAUCAAAACAAGCUGCAAAAAGGGCUGCAUGCCUAAAAGCAUGCAUAGAGUUGCAUGCUCUGGGGGCUCUAACAGAAUAUCUUCUGCCUGCCAGUAGGGACCAAAAACCAGAAUCCAGAGAAGUGCUUUACGAGAGUGAUUGUGAAGAAGGUUUGGUAUUAUCUUGCAGAUUAUUUCUGUUUCACUAGUCAUAGGUUUAUAUGUUCUUAUGACCAUUGUUUUCAGGUGAAUACUUGACCAUGGGAAAAGAACUUCAUGAAAAACUAGUACCUGCAAUGCUUAGAGCUCCGCAGACAGACAUUGAAGAUCAAUUCAACUUUCAUUUCUACCUUAUAAAAUUCAAGCCUAUUCCAGAUGAUAGAAAAUAUAGAGAAUUUGGUCUUUUUGUCACAACUCCUCUACCAAAGGAAGCCGAAACCAUGGAUGUUGACCUUUGUCUUACUCAUCGUAGAAUAGUCAAGACAGGGCUCAUACAUUCAGGAAGUGUGAUGUUUGAUAAAGAAAAGGUAAUGAUGCUAAUAACAUUUUCCCCCAUUGUCAAGCAUCUCAUUCUCUCUGACAUGGUAUUACAUAUUUGCACAGAUUGUGUCUGCACAGAAAUUUCAAGAAAUGUUUCUCAAGAUUAUCUUUGACAGAUCAAAGUUCUUUUCUGAUUUUGUCUCCUUGGGCGAGGUUGAUAUUUUGGAAAAAACUUCUACAUAUUACCUGUUGCUUCCAGUUAUUCCGAACGUAUGCCAUGACAAAAUGAGCAUUGAUUGGACAGUGGUGGAACGCUGCUUAUCAUCACCUGUAUUUCAAUCAACAGGUGCAGAUAGAAAAGAUAAUGCUGUGAGCUCUUUGGAGACUUUGAAUCUUGCUAAUGGCCCAGUAGAAAAAAAGGAUAUAAUUAAUAGCCUGGUUUUCAACUCACGCAAUAAAUUUUUCUUCUUUGUUGAGGAUAUUCUUUAUGAUACCAAUGCAUACAGUCAAAUGAAAGGGUCUCAGUCAUCGACUUAUGUAGAACACUAUUUGAAUAGGUUUGUACUUCAUCUUUAUCUUCCUUUGCUUGAUUUUUGGAUGAAACCAUCAUAUUCUCUUAUGGCCUACUACUAAGAUCAUUUUAAAGAGCUUCAUUUUCUUGCCAACAAUUUGAUAUGCUUAAUUUGCUUUCUCUUGCUUCUGACUUGAACACAUGAUGAUUUGGGAUCUCCUUAAAAAAAAAAAUGUAAUUCAAAAGGUUUUCAUGUCCUUACAAUAAUAUGCUUUUGUCUCUGAAUAGAAUUAAUAUAAGAGUGGUCGCAUUUUUCUAUCCAAUUUAUUUGCAACAAACUCGGCUUGUGAUGGGUUCAUGUUUGGAACGUGAACUUGUUUUCCAUGACCAUUGCAAUAGUUAAACGACUGAAAAAGGUUUACAUGGAGAAUCAUUUUUGAAGAUCGAUGUAAACAUCAUUUGAAAUUUUCAAAUCAAAUGCAGAAGUAUCUGUUGAAUUUCCUCUAAUUUGUUUGUUUCUUGAAGAACGACAGACCUCGUGGAAGGAAAAAGAACUUCUAUUCACAACAUAUGAGGAAAACGAAUUCAAGAUGUUUUACAUUAAAACAUGGGUUUUUUAUUUAUAACACAUCCAUGGGAGAAGGUUCUAGACAUAGAGCCCUACAUCUCGAGACAUGCAGGUGAUGCUCAUGUGCUUCUUUAAGUGAAGCACGUGAUACACCUCACCCCAACUACUAACGCAGUAUUUACACUGUAUUUCAACACUCCCUCUCAAGCUGGUGAAUAGAUAUCAUUCAUUCCCAACUUGGAGAGCACUUGUUAUAGUUGAGUCGCAGAGACACCUUUUGUCAGCAAAUCAGCUAGUUGAUGUUGAGUGGAGAUGUAGGGAAUACAGAUUUCUUUAGAUUUCAAGUUUUUCUUAAUAAAGUGACGGUCUAUCUCCAUAUGCUUUGUGUGACCAUGUUGAAUGAGAUUGUGCUCAAGAUUAAUUGCAGAUUUAUUGUCACAAUAGAGCUUCAUAGGACAUGAAAUGGGGAUCUUUAGGUUAGUGAGUAAAAUCUUCACCCAAAGUAGUUCACAUAUUUCAUGCACAAGUGCCCUGAAUUCUACUUCUGGACUUGAGCGAGCAACCACAUUAUGUUUCUUACUGCGCCAAGUAACCAAAUUUCCUCGCAUAAACAUCAUAAGACCUGAAGUUGACUGACGAUCUAAAAGAGAACCAGCAUAGUUAGCAUCAGUGUACAUCUCAACUGUUAAUUUAUCACCACGUUUGAAGAGAAUGUCUUUUCCAGGAGUUCCCUUUAAGUAGUGUAACACCUGAUAUGCAGCAUAAAGAUGGGAUUUCGUUGGCUGAUGCAUGAACUGACUUAAGAGACUAAUUGCUUAUGAGAUGUCAGGUCUAGUGUGUGUGCGAUAUAUCAAUCGUCUAAUAAGACGUUGAUACAUUUCUUGAUCAAUAGACUCCUUCCCUUCACCAACACUAUGUUUGUGGUUAGAAUCAAGGGGGGUGCUAGCUGGUUUGCAUGCAGACUUUCUAGUAUCCUUUAGAAGACCUGCCACAUACUUUCAUUGAGAGAUGAAUAUGCCCUUUGAAGAAUGAGCCACCUCAAUGCCUAGAAAAUAAUUAAGACAACCCAAAGUCUUGAUGUCAAAUUCCUUGGCAAGAUAUUUGCUGAAAUUUCUUUGUUCAAUGUCAUCACUUCUAGUAAUUAUAAUAUCGUCAACAUAAACUAGGAGUAUAGUAACUCCCCCUAAUGAAGUAUGUUUGAAAAAUAAUGUGUGAUCAGUAUUACUAGGACUUUCUUAUGACAGUAGAAAAUCUCCCAAACCAUGCAUGUGGAGACUUCAGUCCAUACAAUGACUUUCUUAGUCUGCAAACAAUGUUAGAUGGUAAAUUUCCUUCAUAACCAGGUAGAUAAUUUAUAUAUAUACUUCAUCAGUAAGAUCCCCAUGAAGAAAGUCAUUCUUCACAUCAUAUUGUUGGAUAUUCCAACUAAAAAUAGCAACGAAUGAUAAAAUAAUUCUAAUUGUGUUCAUUUUUGCCACAAGAGAAAAAGUUUCAUGGUAGUCAAUUUCAUAAACUUGUGUAUAUCCUUUAGCUAUGAGUUUGACCUUGUACCUUUCAACUGAUCCAUCAUCAUUGUAUUUUAUAGAAUAAACUCAUUUACAAUCAACUACCUGUUUAUCCUUAAGAAGAGGUAUAAGCUCCCAUGUAUUAUUUCUCCAAAAGCAUGCAUCUCAUCAUCCAUGGCCUGUUUCCACACUUUCUUGGAGAGAGCUUUUGACAUAUUAACUAGAAUGGUAAUAUUAUCCAAGGUAGUAAGAAAGGUCUAAUAUGAUGGAGAAAGUUUAUGAUAAAAAAUAAAGCUUGUUGAAGGGAAGGUCAUUGGAUUGGGGACUAGUAGUAUUUGUUACGAGACACAGCGAAAGUAGGAAAGGAAAACUGACUUAGCCCUUCUUAGGGCAGUACAAUAUUUAUAUUAGCGUCUAAUAAACCUUUUCAAUAUUAUGGAAAGGUCUAAUAACAGAAACACGAAAAAGGAAAUGCGUCUAAUAAUAGAAAAGAAAAGAAAAAUAGAAGGAAAGCCUAAUAUAGCAAAAAGCUUGUUUUGCGUAACACUCCCCCUCAAGCUGGUGCGUGGAUAUCAUUCAUGCCUAGCUUGCUCCUUUGUUUGCAGAACUCCGUUGCAGAAAUGCUCUUAGUUAAUAUAUCAGCCAACUGUGCAAAAAAUUCUGUGCAAAACAUUCCUAGUUCGAGUUUCUCUUUAAUAAAAUGUCUGUCUACUUCAAUGUGUUUGGUCUUGUUAUGCUGAAUAGGAUCAUGUGCAAUACUUAUUGCGAACUGAUUGUCACAGAACAAGGCUAUCAAAUCUUUCAUGAGUAUUUGUAAGUCAUUUAGUAUAUUUUUUAUCCAAAUGCCUUCACAAAUCCUAAGGGCUAUAGCCCGAAAUUCUGCUUCAGCACUUGAUUGAGCCACAACUCUUUGUUUUUGGCUUCGCCAAGUGACCAAAUUUCCUCCAAUGAGACAACAAUAGCCAGUAGUAGAGUAUCUAUCAUCAACUGAACCAGCAUAAGCAGCAUCGAUAUAGAUGCCCAUGCUAAUUGUUCCUUUAAGAUAGGCUAGGACUCAUUGAGCAGCUUGAUGAUGUACCUCCCUAGGGUCAUGUAUCCAGUCUAGUAUGGGAUAGAUAAAUUAAUUUUCCUACUAGCCAUUGAUAAGAGUCCUUAUCUACUUGAUCACUUUUCUUUGAAGCCUCAAUACAAUGUUGUGCUUCAACUGGAUAAAGAAUAUAAAAAAAUAAAAAUAAAAUUAAAUCAAUAAGUAAAUAAAUAAGUAUAAGUAGAAGAGGGUACAUGAUGAUUUACAAUUACUCAUGCCUGUAUAUUUGAGUAAAUCUGUAAUAUACUUUCUUUGAAAUAGGAAUAAAUUUCCACAAGAGUAGGCUACCUCAAUUCCCAAGAAGUAUUUUAAUUGUCCCAACACUUUGAUAUCAAAAAUAGCCGUCAAUUAUUUUUGAAGAGAAGUGAUUUCUUGCAUAUCAUCUCUUGUGACAAUCUUGCCAUCGACAUUUACUAGUAUCAUUUGGGUCUUUGUAUCCUAAUGGAACCUCCAUAUAUAUUUCUUUUGAGAUUUCUAGCACAAUGGGUCUUUGUAAGAAUGCAUUUUUCACUUCAAAUUGUAAUAAGGACCAUCCAUAAUGGACAGCCAAGGAUAUUAAUAUUUGAACUAUUUCCAUCUUUGCAACUAGAGCAAAGGUCUCCAUGUAAUUAAUACCAUAACAUUAGGUGAAGCCUUUUGCCACCAACUGAGUUUUAAAACACUCAAUAGUUCCAUCAGAUUUAUACUUAAUAGUGUAUACCCUUCUACAACGCACAAUUUUCUUCCCUUUAGGAAGUAGCACGAGUUCCUAAGUUUGAUUCUUCUACAGAGCUAACAUUUCCUCAUCCAUUGCUUUUUUCCAUAGAGGGCUUCUUAAGGCUUCAUCAAUGUUUUGAGGAGUAUCGUGUUUAUCAAUAGCUAACAGAAAUGACCUGUACUGCAGAGAUAGGUGAUGAUAAGAUACAUAAUUGUAGGAUGGAUAUACCUUUUUCUUUGUACAUUUUUUAAUUCCUUUGCGGAGAGCAAUAGGGCAGAUUUCGUUUCCUUCAUUUCUUUGAGUAAUAAGAAGGUUUUGUUGAUCAAUCAGUGAAUUGUCACAUUCAAUAAUAGAAUCAUGUGCAUCUGUUGCGUCAAGCAGAUCCUGUUCAUGGUAUCUGCUGUGUCAGGUUGCUCAUGAGCAUUUGCUGAGUCAGGUUGUUCAUGGGCAUCUAUUGCGUCAAGCAGAUCCUAUUCAUGGGUAUCUUUGAUUAUCUUUGGCUUUCUUUGAUAAUAACCUCGACCAAAUCGAUUUGGUGGGGGUGGAGGUGCUGAAAAAUUUAUUGGUAACAUUUUAGGGACUUCAUUCUCCUUGAGAAUCUCAAUGUGUAAAUCGUGUUUUUCUAGCACAAGAUACUUGAGUUGUUGUUUGCUAGAAAUACAUGCUGCUUUCAUCAAAUGUGACAUUAAUUGUCACAAUAAAUUUUUGAUGUCUUGGGUCAUAAAAUUUAUACCCUUUUUGUGUAUUGGAAUAGCCCACAAAGACUGCCUUUAUGGCUCUAGGGGCAAAUUUAGACAGUCCAUUUUGAGAUUGAUGGAUGUAUGCAACACUCUCAAAUACUUGAAGAGGUAAAUCUGGUCCAUAUUGCACAGUCGGAUAAUAACCCUGCAAUAAGGCUUUGGGAGUCUUAAAUGAUAAUGUUUAUGAUGGGAAAUGAUUAACAAGAUGAGUGGCUGUUAAACAUCACAGCCCUUGUUAUUUCUAGCAGUUGCUUAAUUUUUUUUCAGCUACCCCAUUUUGCUGGGGUGUAUAGGGGCAAGAAGAUUCAUGAACAAUGCCCUCAGCAAAGAAAUUGGAGACAAUAGAAUUGAAAAAAUCCUUAGAAUUGUCUGAUCGGAGUUUCUUAGGAGUUAUACUAAACUGAUUUUGAAUUAUCUUGAUAAACCUCUGAAUGACACUACUAGUCAUCUACAAAGAUGAUAAACCAUCUGAAGUCCCUAACACCGCUGGAUGAAGGACCCCAUAUCAUAAUGUAUUCUGUAAAAAGGGGAUUCACUUUUAUUCCAGUAGAGGGAAAUGAAAUUCGCCGCUGCUUAACCAUUUGACAAGGUUCGUAGAUGAAAAUAGAUUCACUAAUUGCAUGAUAUAAUUUUGAAAACAAGUAUCUAGGUACUUUUAGUAAGCACCUAUAAUUUUGCUGGGAUGUCCUAAACGACAAUGCAGCAACAUCAAUUUGUUCAAGGGAGAAGCAGAAGCAAAAGUGAAAAUGUUUGGAUUGGAAUUCAUCAACAACGUCUUGUCCAUACACCCUGUGUAGUAGAGUUCAUCUCGUGCUCUAACAUGCCCAAUCCUCUUGCCCAAAGUUUUGUCAUAGAAGAAACAGAAAGCACCAUCAAAUAAUAUUAGACAAUUCAAGUCUUUACCCAAUUUUCUUGAGAACAAUGGAUGCGCAUUCAAUCUUGGAACAUGAAGAACAUAUCUUAAAGACCCCAAUUUCUCAAGAUGAAUUGAUCCAAUGCUAGCUACAGGUAACAAAUCUCCACUUGUAGUAAUAACCUUCUGAUUAUUGGUACAUACCUCAUAUGUAAUGAAUAGUGAUGCAUAUGAUCAGUAACUCCAAAAUCAAUGAUCCAUGACACUUUUUGGGGUGAAGGUGAUGCCAAUGAUGAGGUAUUUAAGCAUAAGGGAAAACGUUAAGGAAAAUGCUUACUAGCAUGUGCAAAGGAGGUGGAGCUGAUCAUGCUCCUUAGCUGUUCAAUUUCUUCUCUGAGUUUUCCAAUCUCUGAAGGUUGAGAGGAAGUAGAUCUGUCUUGACUAGCUCCUCCUUGAAUCAUAGGCGCAACACCAUUUUCAUUUUGAGCAUUAGCCAAAUGUAACUUUCCAUAAUUGGGUGGUUUGCCAUGGAUCUUCUAGCAUGUCUCCCUAGUGUGACAUUUUUUCCGACAAUAAGUGCAAAAUAGGUGUGCCUUCGGAUCAGUCUUAGGAUCUCCUUUGAUGAAUGGUACUUUACUAUUCCCUUGUUUCAAUAUCUGAUACUACUUCCCAAGCAAAGAUUUGAUUUACUAGAGUCUCAUAUUCUAGAUUUAGCCCCUUCAAAAAUUUAUACAGCUUGUCUUUCAUGAUAUAAUUUCGUUCUUUAAUAUUAGGGUUCUUGAUUGGUCUGUAGUGGUCGCUUUCUCUCCAGAUGGAUUUUAAUUCACGAGCAUAUUCCAGAACAAUCAAUGUUCCCUAUACCAAAGUCAGAGAUUUCUGCACCAUUCUAUAAAUUUGAGAUUCGUCAUGUUUAGUAGAGUGAACAUGACGAACUUUGUCUCAUAAUUCCUUCACAGAUUUUAGAAAAAGAAAUCUAUCACUUAUCUUUGGUGAAAUGUUGUCUAGCAUCCAAUAUUGAGUCAGUGUUUCUUCUUCUUUCCACUGAGAAUAUCCUGAGUUGUCAAUACUUGACGAGGAUUGUGUCAGGUGACAAUCUAGAUUUCUCCCAUGUAGAAUAAGUUUCACAUAUGAUGUCCAUUGGAACAAAUUGAUUCUAUCAAAUCAAAAUCUCUCAGCAAUUUAAGUAGAUCUGAACAUACCUUAAUUACUUCAAAUGAAUGUCCUAGGCCAGAGGAGGAAGAUUCACUGACCCUUGUCUCCAUGUUCUUCAGCCGUGACCAGAUAGCCAAAAAAAAUCUCAAACAGAGAUUCCCUAAUGUGAUUUGAAUAACAGUUUAUGUUCAAGAAACUGAGGAUGACUGCCACUGUCAAGAAACAACAAUGGUGUAUUCGCAGACGUCCACCACUGUUAAGAAAUCGACGAUGAUGUUUUUGUAGAUGUCUCCCACCGUCAAGAAACGAGGAUGGUGUAGUGACUCUCCAAGGAAUCUACCGGUCUGCUUACAACCAAGAAACCUCACGAUUUCAGGUACUGCAGGCAAGAAGAAGAUCACCAAGCAACACUCCCUACAAUGUGAAGUCGUCAUCACCACCAAGGUUGGUUGACCUUCUGUCGGCAGUCUUCACACAGGAUCAAAGAGAAGGCUCUGAUACCAUGUUACAAGAAAGGAAAACUGACUUAGCCCUUCUCAGGGCAGUACGCCAAUAUUUAUAUUGGCAUCUAAUAAAUCUUUCCUGUAAUACGGAAAGGUCUAAUAACAGAAACACGAAAAAGGAAAUACAUCUAAUAAUAGGAAAGAAAGGAAAAAUGAAAGGAAAGCCUAAUAUAGCAAAAAGCUUGGUCUGCGUAACAGUAUUUUCUGCAGGGAUGAAUGUGGUUUCUUGGUCAUUGGUUAAGGCUAGUUCGGAGUCCUGGGGUGAUCCAGAAUUUGGAGGUACUCGUGUCCUUGAAUAAACCCGACCAAAUCUGAGUUUUUCAAGAAGCGGUUCAAGAAGAGAUGGACUUUGGUCAGAAACAUGAAUUGGUAGAAUAAUUUGACUUGGAGGAGAAGAAACUCCUGAAAAAAAAUCAGGUAAAGUGGGAAAUGGCAAAGAAGUGUCUUGUGAGUUUUUUUGAAAGUAAAAAUUGAUUCAUGAAAGGUAACAUCCAUAGUUAAGAAUUUUGGAGUUGGUGGAUGAUAAUAUUGAUACCCUUUUUGAGUUGUUGAAUAUCCAACAAAUAUACAUUUGAGGGAUCUUGGAUCUAAUUUACCUUUAGUUGGAUUAUGAUUAUGGAUGAAUGAGACAUCCGAAUAUGCGAGGCUCUAAUUAGAUAUGGAGAUGAUUAAGAGGGAAAUAAAAAGCUAACUUUUCCAUAGGACUUUAGAAACCCAAGGUUCUAGUGGGGAGACGAUUUAUUAAAUGUGUUGCUGUUGAGAGAACUUCACCCCAAAAAAAUUUGGGUGCACUUGUCUGAAACAAGAGUGAUCGUGUAACCUCCAAGAGGUGUUGAUUUUUUCUUUCUGUCAAUCCAUUUUACUGAGUAUAAACAUAUGAAAACUCAUGUAUAAUACCCUUAGCCUGAAAGAAAAGAAUUCAGAUCAUUGCUAAAGUAUUCCUUCGCAUUAUUUGACCUGAAUUUCUUUAUAGGAUUAUCAAAUUAGGUUUUGAUCAUUGCACAAAAACAUUUCACCGCAAUUGAAACUUUUGAUUUCUGCUUAAGAAGAAAGACACACAUGCAACGGAUGUAGUCAUCCACAAAGGUAACAAACCAUUUAUUACUCAUUAGAUCUACGUUGGGACAUGGUCCCCAAACAUCAUUGUGGGUGCAAGAGAAAGGGAUCUCACUCUUUUCAUUUCUAAUUGGAAAAGAAAUACAAGUACAUUUGGAUAGUUCACAUAUGUCACACUUAAAGGGUUUUUACAGACACCUUUUGAAACAAAGAUGAAAACUCUUCAUAGUAGCAAAGGAAGGAUGCCCUAAUCUUUGAUGAAGGAGCUGAAUGUGACUUAGAUCCUUGUGAUGUUCUAUAGAUGGAUCCGCUUCCAUAAGACAGGUUUGACUAGAUCCCUCCAAGAUGUAAAGUCCUUGUUUUCUAGCAACUCCAAUCCUCAGCUUCUGAACUGUAGUUGAGAUAACACACGGUAUGGAGCUCUGAUAGGGGCCUAGCACUUGUGGAAGAAGAAGUCAAACUUUAUUUAUCAAAAAUAAUUUACAAGGAGAGUGGGAUCCAAUAUUUAUACCAGAUCCCUAGAAGGUUCUAGACAUGCUGAUGUAACAUGAAAUGAAAGAUACACGAAGACAUAUAUGUAAACAUGUAAGGUAUACAGGUUGUUAAGUGUAUCUCAACAACACUCCCCCUCAAGUUGGUGAGUGGAUGUUGUCCAUUCUCAACUUGAGAAUAAUCUUCUGCAGUUGUGUACCUAAGAUGCCUUUAGUAAGCAUGUCUGCCAAUUGAUUAUUUGUUGAAAUGUAUGAUAUACAAAUCACAUUGGCCUCUAGUUUCUCUUUGAUCAAAUGGCAAUCAAUCUCCACAUGUUUGGUACGGUCAUGCUGUACUGGGUUGUGCAUUAGAUUGAUUGCUGACUUAUUGUUGCAAUAAAUCUUCAUAGGACUGAAUAAAAGAACUUGUAACUUGUCAAGUUCUUGACCCAAAGUAACUCACAUAUUCCUUGGGCAAGUGCCCUAAGUUCAGCCUCAGCACUUGAUUGAGCAACCAUAUUCUGUUUUUCACUCCAUGUGACAAGGUUGCCACCAACAAAAGUAAGAUGACCAGAGGUUGACCUUCAAUCAAUUGUUGAGCCUGCAUAGUCAGCAUCUGUAAACAUCUCAACCUCUACCUUUUCACUUCGUCUAAAAAUAAACCCUUUUCCUGGUGUGCCUUUCAAAUAAUGUAGCACUCGGUAGGCAGCAUGUAAAUGAGACUCUUUAGGCUGAUACGUAAAUUGGUUCAAUAUACUCACUAAAUAUGAAAUAUAUGGUUGAGUGUGUGUUAGAUAAAGCAGUCAGCUAAUGAGAUGUUGAUACAUCUCACGAUCAAUAGAAAUUUCUUCAUCUGCCAUACACAAUUUCUGGUUUGGAUCAAUAGGUGUAUUGGCUGGUUUACAUGUAGGUUUCCUUGUUUCAACUAACAAAUCUGUGAUGUACUUUCGUUGAGAAAUAAAAAUGACUUCAGAGGAAUGUGUCACUUCGAUUCCUAAAAAAUACUUGAGUCGUCCCAAUGUUUUGAUAUCAAACUCUUUGGCCAAACAAUCACUUCGAUUCCUAUGAUGAUAAUAUUAUCAACAUAAACUAAUAGAACUAUAACUCCUCUUGUAGAAGAGUGUUUAAAAAAUAGUGUGUGAUCAACAUUACUUUGGUUGUAAUGCAAUUUCUUUAUGGCUACUGUAAACCUUUCAAAUCAUGCACGUGGAGACUAUUUGAGGCCAUAAAGGGAUUUCUUUAACUUGCAAACAAGAUUAGAUGAAUGAUUACCUCAUAUCCUAGUGGGAAAGUCAUGUAAACCUCUUCAACCAAAUCAUCAAGCAAUAGUACAUUUUUAUCAUCAAAUUCUUGAAUAUUCCAACUGAAAAUUAUUGUCAAGGACAGUAACAAACGAACUGUAUUCAUUUUGGUCACCAACCGGGCUUUAUCCCUCUCAAUCAAACCAUCUAAUUUAUAUUUCACUGUGUACACCCAUUUGCAACCAACAGUCUUCUUAUCUCGUGGUAAUUCCACUAGAUCCCAUGUCUGAUUUUUUGCAAGAGCUCUCAUCUCAUCAUCCAUGGUUUAAUUCCCCUUAGGAUUGGAUAGAGCCUCAGAGAGAUUUUUUGGAACAGUAGUGGUGUCUAAGGAUGCAAGGAAUGAUUGAUAGGGUGAAGAAAGUCUGUGAUAAGAUAGGAAAUUAGCAGCUGGGUACAAAGGUAUUUUUGUACACUCCCUUAUAGGUUUGCACAGGGCAAUGGGAAGUGAAUCAUGAGGUAAUGGCUGCAUAUUAUCUAAGGUCAGAUCAGAAUCUCGGAUUUUUGGUGAAUCGUGAAUUUCCCCUCACCUAGAAUAAACCUUGCCAAACCUUAGGUUUUCAGGAAUUGGAUUCAAUAUAGGACUGGGUAUUUCAAGGACUGAAAUGGGAAUGAACAGGUUACUAACUGAAGACAAGAGUGAAGAAUCUACAUGUUGAUCCAUAUGAGCUGUAGAAAAUAAAUGUUGAUUGCUGGAUGGAGAUUCUUUAAAAUAAGAAUCAGAUUUAUGAAAUGUAGCAUCCAAUGAAAUAAAAAAAAUUCUAGGAGGGUGGUAACAUUUGUAUCCCUUUUUAUUGGUAGUAUAACCAAGAAAUACACAUUUAAAUGAUCUCGGUUCUAGUUUGCCUUUGGUUUGAUUAUGAAUGUGAACAAAAGAGACAACCAAAUAUCUUAGGUUCUAGCUUAGUUUUAAGUUGAUGGUCUGAGAAAAAUAUGGCUAAUAAAUCUAACAAGUGGUGGAAGCCUAAGGUUCUAGAUGGUAAUUGGUUGAUGAGGUAUGUGGCUGUUAGAACAGCCUCCCCCCAAAAAACUUUAGCUACAUGAUGUUGAAAUAAAAUUGAUUGAGUGACUUCUAAAAGGUGAUGAUUUUGUCUUUCAACUAAACCAUUAUGCUAUGGAGUAUAAACGCAGGAGUAUUCAUGCAUGAUGCUCUCUGUCUGAAAUUAUAAAUUCAAGUUUUGGCUAAACUACUCUUUAGCAUUAUCAGAUCUGACUUUUUUAAUACUAGUGCCAAACUUAUUUUUUAUCAUGGCACAAAAAAAAAAUCAGAAUAUUACACACAUUGGAUUUUUGUUUGAGAAGGAAGACCCACAUACAUCUUGUACAAUCAUCAAUGAAAGUGGCAAACCAUUUAUUACCACGAAUGUCAUUAAUGGGACAUAGUCUCCAAAUGUCAUUAUGAAUUAGGAAGAAAGGAACAUUACUCCUUUCCCCUUGAGAUUGAAUGAAGUACGUGUGUGUUUAGAAAGUUCAUACACAUUACAUUAAGUGUCCAAUGACACCUUUCGAAACAAAGUAGGAAAACCUAUUUUCAAAGUGCUAAAAGAUGGAUGACCCAUCCAUUGGUGAAGUAAUCAUAUCUUAAGGACGUCUCCUAGAGGUUCUAGAGAUUGAUCCACUUCCACUAGAUGUGUUUGGUUUAGUCCUUCUAAAAGAUAAAGACCUCACUCUCUCUAGCAACUCCAAUCCUCCAAUGAUAUACUUUAUCAAAUAUGACACAGACAUCAUCAAACAAGACACAAUGAGGUGAGUCUCUAACAAGUUUCUUAACUGAAAUGAGGUCUGUAAAUAAUUUGGGGACAUGAAGAAUAUUAGUAAGAACCCUAAGAGGUUCAAGUCUACAGUAGUCACUUUUCUGUUACUAAGGUAGGGGUUGUAUUUGGUGAAAAGGCUGGAGGAGUUAGCCAUGUGAUAUGUUGCUCCUGAGUCCACUACCCAAUUAUUAAAAAUAUCUCUAGAAGAGUCUCUAACUCUAAGAGAGUGGUGAAACAUACCAGGCUAAAUUGAUGAGAACUGUGUCACUGUCAACUACAGUUUUUCUAACUCAAUUUGAAGUCGAUCUAUAUCCUCAAUUUAAGGAGAAGAAGAAUGUUGAUUGAUUUGGGAAUCUUAGGGCUGACUAGUUGAUAAUUCCACUGUAAAAUGUGCUUGACUGUCAUAUUUUUCAGUGCCAAAAUUUUACCUUGUAGUUUAUAACAUGUCUCUAGUGUGAUGUGUUUUCCUGCAAUAUGUACACCAUAGAUUAUUACGAAAAUCAGUCUUCAUAGCUAAUAUGUUUAGCUUGAUCUGUGGUUUUCUUCAUAGUUUCUCCUUGUUUAAUCAUAAAUGCAGGAUUGUCAACUUCAGGCACUGACAAUAUUGAGAUAAUAAUCGAUUUCCUGUCAUAAAUUUUUCAAUUCUCCUAUAUAUUCCACCACAUUUAUUUCCUUGAAUUGUUGACAUGGAUUUUGUCUGAAGUUCAUAAAAAUGUGACUCAUUGUCUCUUUGUGAGAAUUUCGUGUGAAUUGUUUCCCACAAAUCUUUGAUUGUAGAUAGGAAGAAAAAAUGUCGGCUAAUUUGGGGAAUCAUUGUUCCCCAAAGCCAGGUUUUGAUUAAUGCAUCUUCUUCUCUCCAUCUACGAAAUUCUUGAGACAAUGGAUCUGGUUUUCCUCAAUCAGAUGAUGUAACAACCCUCUUCUAGUCAAUACCUCUUGAACAAAUUAUGACCAUUGAAUUAAAUUGUAUCCAGUCAAUUUGAACUCUGCAGGCAUUGCAGGAAGUUUUACGAGUAAUCUUGGGCCACUUGGACCAAGAUUAACUUCCCUUGUGGAGGUUGGAUCCCCCACAGAUAAUGAAGAACUGUCUCCCACAUUCUCCAUUUAAAGAGGAUGUCCAAAUCCACGAAAAAAUCAAAUUUCAUGAACAAAUCUCGAUAGAGAUAAAAAAAAUUGGUACAGGAAUUGUAACAGACCAGUAGAUCACACCUGAAUUUGCUUUGGAAGAAACACAGGGAAGGAGAAGAUCCUUUGCCGAAAGUGUAUGGCGCCUGUAACUCCAACGGAUGAUGAAGAGAACGCUGACAAAGCAACAUCAAUUGUGACGGUGCUGAAAAGUAAGGUUUGAAACCCUAGAAUGGCUCAUAUACCAUGCAGUCGAGAUGACACACGGCCUGGAGCUCUGAUAGGCGCUCAACACUCGUGGAAGAAGAACUCAACCUUUAUUUAUCAGAAAUAGUUUACAAGGAGAGCGGGAUCCAAUAUUUAUACCAGAUCCCUAGAAGGUUCUAGACAUAUUGAUGUAAUAGGAAAUGAAAGAUACAUUAGGACAGAUGUAAACAUAUAAGGUAUACAGGUUAUUAAGUGCAUCUCGACAGCAUGGACCUUAUCAAGGAUAACACAAAGGUCUUCAUCAAAGAAGGCAUGAUAAGGUGUGUUUUUAACAAAGCUUUUUAUAGAAAUAAAAACUUUGGUGAGGAUUCCUAAAGGUUCAAGAGUCAGGUCUCCAAUACCAGCGACUGUAAGAAGUGUACCAUCAGCAGUAGACACUUUUCGGUCACUGGAACAUGAGGUGUAGGUAAUAAAAUGAUAUGAAAAAUUUAUCAUAUGAUCUGUUGCUCCUAAAUCUAUUACCCAACAUUCAGUAAUAUCUUGGGAUGGAGCUCGAAAACCAAGAGAAGAGUGGAACUCACCAAUUUGAUGACUUGUUGAUGGUUGUGAAUGUUGUGUUUCCAUUGCCUUCAAUUACUCUAAUUCAAGGUGAAGUUUCUCUACUUCACUUGAUGGAGUUGAAUCAAUAUUUCUUGGGUCUAUUUGUUCAGAGUUUUGAUUGGAUGAAGAAUCAAUCACCAUGUGAGCUUGAUUCACUCGAUUCUCAGAAUUCUGUGGUUUACCAUGGAGUUUAUUACAUCGCUCCCUAGUAUGACGGGGUUUCUUGCAAUAAGUGCACCAGAGAUUAUCUCUAUAAUCGUUUUUCUGGUUCUUCCCUUGCACAGAUGAUGAUUGAUGGUUUACAGAUUCCACUGAUUUAAUGGUGUGUCCUAGUUUGGUUAAAAAUGUUAUAUUACCCGACUCUUGAGUAGACAACAUUAGUUUUUGACGACUCUCUUCAUUCAAUACAAUUGAUAUCACCUCAUUCAGAUCUAGUCUCCUUUCACGUCUUAGAAUUUGAUGUCUGAUAUGAUCAAAAAUAGGACUCAAACCAGCCAAAAAUUGAAAAACCUACCUCAUUCUAUGAAAUUUCGUAAUAUAGAAAUUUCUUUGGGUUCUUCAGUCCCAAGAUCAGGAUAAUAAUCAAGCUCGUAUCAUAUAUUUUUAGGUUCUCCUGUGUACUCCAUCACUGAUUUCAAACCUUGAGUAAUUGAUUGAGAUUUUAUCUCAAUUUCAUAUAUGUGUGACUCAUUGUUUUUCAUCGAAUAUUUCAUGUGUACAGUUUUCAUAAAGAAAAAUCUCUACUGAUCUGUGGAAUCAUUGUUCCCCAGAUCCAUGUCUUUAUCAAAGCAUCAUCCUCUCACUAUUUUCUAAAUUGCCUUGACACUGGGUCUGGUGUAGUUUCCCCUAGAUGAUGUAGCAUCCCUCUACCAGUAAGAACUUCCUUAAUAUAUUCUGACCACUAGAUGAGAUUAUAUCUAAUCAACUUAAAUUCCAUAGGCAUGGUAGGGAGUUCAAUCAUCAAUCUUGAUGAUAAAUGUCACCAACUGAGGUCUCUCCUCCUUUAGACAUAUGAAUAACAACAAAUCGAAAUAGGAACAACUGCUUACUAAGUAGGAAAAACGUAAUUCUCGUACGUUUUCAAAGGAAAACCAAGAAACGUCUUGAGAAGGGUUCAAGAACCUAUAUUGAUCUUCCAAGUCCUCAAGAGGCUCAUAGAAGCAGCAUAGAUCUCUUAUACAGAAAGAGAUAAUAAGAAAGGAGCAAUCAUACCUGGAUUAGUUCUGAUACCAUGUUGAAUUUCCUCUAGUUUGUUUGUUUCUUGAAGAACAACAGACCUUCUCUUUGAAGGAAAAAGAACUUCUAUUCACAACAAAUGAGGAAAAAGAAUUCAAGAUGUUUUACAUUGAGACAUGGGUCUGUUAUUGAUAAAAGAUCUAUGGGAGAAGGUUCUAGACACAUCCCGAGACAUGCAGGUGAUGUUCACGUGCUUCUUUAAGUGAAGCACGUGAUACACCUCACCCCAACUGCUAACGCAGUAUUUACACUGUAUUUCAACAGUAUCCAUAUUAUAAUGUUGUUGCGUCCUUGACUUGUGUGUUCCUAUUUCCUUUAAAAUGACUAGAUUGAAAUGUGCAGAUCUAUAAACCUGUCAUUGCCUUGUACAGCACAUAAUAUUAUCUAAUCUCAUUUUUUUUUACCAGUUUUUUUAGUUUUCUUCAGUAUUAGUACAAAUUUCCAUGUGCUAUCUCUGAGAAUCAUGCGAAUUCUGAAAAUCAGGUUCAAGAUAGAUCUUGUACACCCAACACAGCCUCUUCUAAAGGCCAAACAACUUUUUCAUGCACGCAACCUCCUGCAUAGUUGUUUUCAGGAUCGUACAGGUACCUGUGGAUUUCCUUUUUUUUCAUUGACCAUUAUGGUGAAUUCCGUUUCGUUUAUAGUAAGCCUGCAUUUCGUUGUUUCUGUUCACCUCUUGAGCUGUUUUGUUGUCUCUACUGGGAUUCGAAUAUAUGCGGUAUUAUUUUUGCUGAUCCUGAGGCUCCAUCCUCACUUGUGACUUAUUUGGGUUAAUUUUACAUAGGCAUUCUUGUUCACUGCUUUAAAGUGGGAUCCUUUGUACUGCUGUUUCUAUGUUGUAAGAAAUCUUACCAACCUUUCCUGAGCAGAGUACUUCUUGGCAAGAGUGAGGUCAUUGAAUCUUAAGGGAUGGCCAUCACCAAACUUGUGCAUCCUUGUUGCUUCCGAAUCGACCUUUGAAAUAAUGCUUUCAUCGUGCCUAAAUCCUAUCCUUUAAGCAAGUUAUUAUACGAGUUCUAGUCUGUUGUCGUGCUACUAAAACUGCUGCAUGGACGUGUACUUUCCAUCAGAGAUCAGGGAAGAUAUGAUGCAUGUGUUGCUCCUCCUAACAUUGCAAAUCAGUGUGGGUAAGGAUAUUUGACGCAAACCAAACAAGGAUAAACAGUCAGUAAAAUUUUGUCUUGUCAAUUUAUAGAAUAGUUUCUAGUUGUAUACAAUCAUCCUGGUCCCCAAAAAGGAAAAAUGUUGGUUAAAUCCCACAAUUUCAUGGGAUGCUCAACCAAACUAGUAAACUGACCAACAGCCCAACCAACCUAGGAAACUGACCGACAGAAACUAAUUCUUAACUAUACUUUUUUCCCCACAAUAAUGGUGUCUGGACUGAAGCACGAGUUUCUAUCAAAAGAUAUUUUAUGUGAAGACUGGCUCCAAUGCGUCGUGUACCAUAUUUCAUGGCAUCAUUAAAAGAGUAAAUAACAAGGUCAAACGAAACAGCGUAACUGGUUGUCAUUUUUUUCUGGAAAGAAACUCACUAGAGGCUGUAAUCUUUAGGUUGACUUGGGACAAUCUUUGAGUAUCAUAAGAAGUGCUGGUAGUCAUUUGCCAUCCAAGGUAUGGAUGAAUUACAUUUGUAUGGGAGUUAGUUUUGAUAGAAAAAGUCUCAAUGCGAGAUGACAUGUUGUAGUUAUGGAAUUCAAUGAUUUGAUGGGAGCUUAUAUUUAAUUUAGGGGAUAGUGAGGGUACGUAGGAAAAAAAUACAUCUCAAAAAGUCAAGAAAGGAUGAUGUUUCUGUUGGUCUUCUUCUAUUCAUUGUCUGAGAGGAGAGGAGGGGAUCGUACCAGAGUCACAUAUAAGUUUGAUGGAGAAAGACAUCAGCAUGAUCAGCAGGUGCUCUUUUCCACAGGGAGCAGUAUCAAAGCAAGGGGGGGUUGGCUCGUGCUGUGGUACCUUAGGGACAACAAUCGAAAAAGAAAUCUUUAUUGGUUCUACCUCCUCUUUUUUAUGAAGAGAAUGAAUCUUUUUAUCGAAGGAUGAUGUUUUAAUACUUUAUUCCAUUCCUUUGAUUCGGAUUAUCUUUUUGAAAAAUGGAAUCCGUUAAUGAGUACUUGAUGCUGAAAUAUUAAUGCAAUAGCUAUAAAUAAAGGACCACGAUCUCCUGUAAAAUGCAAAAGAUUUUUCAGAGUCCAAGCAAACCCACUUAAUAUCUUUACUCAACUAUGACCGGCCAUCAUGUUAGCAACUUGGGGUGGGCUUACUAAGAUUCAGCAGUUAUCUGCUAUGCACGUGGCUACUCUAAAAAAAAAUUUCAAUUUAUACGCAUGGUUUGCAGCCACUUCAUCAUAUAAACUCACCAAGAUUGCGUGGCUACACCGUUUUGUUUUUGUUGAAAUGUUUUCCUUUAUUUCUCUUUUUGAAGUUAAGACAAAGUUCACCAUUGUAAAGCAAACUAAAGAAUUUUAAUCCAAAAUGCCUUUCUUUAAAACUAAAAAUCGACCAAAAUAUUUGAGGUGAAUGCAUUAUUCCAUGACACUCAAUGAAACCAGUGAUGUAAUGCCAGAUUGAAAAUUUGCUUCUAAAAAGUAUCUUGAAAUCUAUUCACUUGCUGUUAACUGUUCAACCUUUUCUCUGAUUUACUGGUAACAAGCUCACAACUAUAGUUCAGCUCCCCACAUACUUUCUAUGCGUUAUUUGUUAUAUCAAGACCAGCUCUCCUUCAGAAGUUUUUUUUUCUGCUUCCAAAAGUACGGUUCAAUCUCAACCUACUCGAGUUUUUCUCAUGACUCCAUUCUAUAUGUUCUUUUUGGGCAAAUAAAUUUUCUAUUCAUCAGUGUAUGAUAGUUAAUUUAAGAAACUUAUUUAGUCUUCCUGAAAACAGAGGUUCGUGCGCAGAAGGAACACUUUAUAGAGUUACCUCCAGAACUUUGUUGCUUGAAGAUCAUAGGAUUUUCAAAAGACAUUGGCAGCUCGUUAUCUUUGUUGCCUUCCUUUAUGCAUCGUUUGGAAAGUUUACUUCUUGCUGCCCAGCUUAAAGAUGUAUUUUCAUCAUCAUUCCCUGAAGGCAGUGAGAUUUCAGCAUAUCAUGUAAGUGACACCAAUCUUUUAUGUUUCCUCGUCAAAAAGGUAGGCAUACCUGAAUUGACUAAUGGUUACCAAUCCAAGUAUAAAUGUGGGAAAUAAUUAGUGCCGUUAUGGCGGGCUCUAGGUAAGAAUUAUCAUAAGGUAUAGUGAAUUUACCAUGAAAUUUCGUUUGCACUCUGAAACAAUGAAACCAAUUUUUUUUUUCUUUUAAAGACAUUCGACUGUGAACAACUACAUUUUUCUACUUAGAAGUGCCAAGCUACAGCUGAGGUUAAUCAAGGCAAAAAAAAAUAUUUGCCAUAAAAAGUUGUGGAGUCCGAUAACUGGAAUAAUUGGUUCUAAAUUUAUUAAGCCAUGGUUUUAUCAAGAAAGCUCUGUGAACAUGGACAACUUUCUAUUGACUCUUUGAUAAAGAAAGGGCAUGUCGUGAGUAAUUAUCAUAUUAUGUCUUAGUCACUCUGCUUUAAGAUGAUGAAAAUUUUACAGGUUCUGGAAGCACUAACAACUGAGAAAUGCUUGGAGGGUUUUUCUCUUGAGCGACUUGAGGUCCUUGGUGAUGCUUUCCUGAAAUAUGCGAUUGCCAGGCAUGGUUUUCUUUUAUAUGAUGCUGUAGAUGAAGGCCGAUUGACUAAGAAGCGGUCCACCAUUGUCAGUAAUUCCCAUUUAUAUGAGUUAGCGGUUAUGAAGAAUUUGCAGGUAUGCUUGUUGCAACACCUUAUCCUCAGUUCACAGUUACCUUUUCAUUUUUUGGCAUUGACUACAGUGCAAGCUGCCUCUUCUAGAAGUGUCUUUUUCAGGCCUUUCUUCUAUGCAUAGCUGGUCUGGUUUUGGUUUGGAAAUCUUUCUCAGAUUUUGGGUAUGCAGAAAGGUUAAUGCUCCCUUUGGUUACUUUGGUGAAUCAAAAGAGUGGUUAACAAAAAAUAUUUCAAUACUAGAAUUUAGAAUGCUUUAGAACUUUUCUAAAAGAACUGCAAACCAUGUCUUUAAAGUAUAAUUGUUUGAAAUUUGUUCAUGAAUCCAUAGGUUUACAUUUUAAGUUCAAUUCAAUGCAUAAUAUUCAUUCCCAUAGUUGAGAUCCAAACCUUCAUUUUUGUUCUUAUUUCUUUGUGUAAAAAUAAUUUAUAACCAAAAUCGUACAUUGAAUAUUAUAAUCAUAUAUUUUGUAUGUCAUACAUGAACAUAUCAUUGAAGUCUAUGUCAAGCCUGGUAUAAAUAGUUUUUAAAUGAAAAGGAUAACAAUAAAAAAUGUACCCUACAAUUGAAUUCUGAAUCAAGUGUUGAGAACUACAGAUGUGUGCUGGCACAUGGAUUGCAUAAAAAAAAUGUAAAUCUACAAUGCCCAUUCAAAGGGUGACCAAAAGCAGUCCUUGAAAUUAUGUGUUGGCACACAUAUUUUCAACAUUAACUUUCCAGAAAGCCAAAAAUAGAAAUAUAAUUCAGUAAAAAAUAAUUUUUUUUCCAAAGGGGUUUUCCACACCCUGCUUCUUAGCUUGUGAUAGGGUCCUGAUCUGAAACAAUUGGAAAAUAGUAAAGAGCACGAUAAGAAAAGGAAAUGGGUAUUGAAAUAGAGACCUAAAAGAGAUAAAAAGAGAGUUUGUGUUCAUAAGAACCCUUAGAACAUAGAGUGGCUAUUCGAGACCAUGGCUCUCCCUCUUUAGCUUGCCCCCAAAUGGUCAAUGCCCCCAACCACUCCCCUGAUCACAACCCUAAUACCCUAUCCCUUAAUUGGGAAAAAUACAUAGUAAUCCCUCACUAAGUCUUCAUGGAAAAUGGGGCUGCUGGGUCCAUUUGGGCCCUUUUCUCUGUCUUGAGUACAUUAGACCCACUAGGGAACUAUCAGAAAACCCCAAUUAGAAAGUCCAAGAUUCAAGUGCUCUAGGCCUUCAAAUUCUUUAGAUCCUCUUCCUAGAGACAAUUAGAGUUAUGUUGUGACCAGUGACACAAAGCAUAGGAGAAUUUGAAGAGGAAAAAGCUUUUGAUAUUCACAUCAUAGAUGAACUUUAUAUACAAAUCCCAAGACUGAAAAUGGGAAACUUUCUAACUACUAAGAAACCAGUAAACUAGGAAACAAGCCAAUAACUGGCAAUCAGUACAACUUCUUCUCCACACCUUAUUGCAUCAUCUGCAGUUUCAAGUAUUGCUGAGAGCUUUUUAUGGCAUUGAUUAUUAGGAAACCUUCGCACCUAUGGCAAAAAUGAAUAUUGUUAAAUUUUUGUUAUAUUUCGUAGUGAUUUUCAGUUGAGACAUGUCAAUAUAAUGUUAAAAAUGUUUUCUUACAUGGUGAUCUUGUUGAAGAAGCUUAUAUGACUUCCACUAGGAUAUGAGGGUCAACUUUCAUCAAAUAUUGCUUGUAAAUUAAAGAAGUUUCUUUAUGAACUCAAUUAGUCACCUCAAGCUUGGUUUGGGUGAUUCGCAGAGUCAAUGAAAAGUUAAAUUAUAGCUAAAGUAAUGAUGAUCACCCCUCUUUUUUUAAACAUUUUUCUUCAGAGGGAGUUAUUACUCUAUUAAUUUAUGUUCAUGACAUCAUCAUCACAAGAAAUGAUGUAGUGGAGAAACAAAACUUGAGCCAUGUUUGGCUAGAGAGUUCGAUAUCAAGACAUUGAGACAACUCAAAUAUUUUUUGGGGGAUUGAACCAGUUCACUCUUCUAGAGGUAUUUGCAUCUCCCAAUGUAAAUACCUGACGAAUCUUUUAACGGAUACAUGGAAAUUAACAUGUAAGUCAGCUAGUACACCUGUUGACCUAAAUCACAAAUAAUAUAUGAUAGAGGAAGAAAUUUCUAUCAACCAUGAGAUGUAUCAACAUCAGUUAUUUUAUGUGAUGCAUACUCGACCAGAUAUUUCUUAUGUAGUGGAUACAUUGAGUCACUUUAUGCAUCAGCCAAGAGAAUCUUACUUACAUGCAGCCUAUCAAAUACGACAUUAUUUGAAAGGCACAUUGGGCAAAGGAGUUUCUUUUCAAAUGAAGCGAGGAGACAGAGGUUGAAAUGUAUAUAUAGUAAUUGUAGUUGGUAUGACUCCCAAUCUAGAGUGUUGACAGAAACCUCAGCACUCAUGGAGAGAAAGAAAAUCUUUAUUGAUCUGAAAAUAACUAUUACAAGAAGAGCGAGGUCCAGUAUUUAUAGCAAACCCCUAGAAAGUUAUAGACAUAUUGACACAGAUGCAGACAUAAGAAAUAUGAGGACAUAUCUGUCAACAUGUAAAGCAUAAAAGGUUUAGUUGUUAAGUACAUCUCGACAACACUUCCCCUCAGGCUGGUGAGUGGAUGUCAUCCAUUCCCAACUUAGGAAUAAUCCUCUAUAGGUGUGUACCCGAGAUGCCUUUAGUAAGCAUAUAUGUCAAUUGAUUGUUUGUUGAGAUGUAUGACAUACAAAUCAAAUUGGCCUCAAGCUUUUUCUUGAUAAAAUAAUGAUCAAUCUCCACAUGUUUGGUACAAUUGUGCUGUUCUGGAUUAUGUACCAGAUUAAUUACUGACUUAUUAUUGCAAUAAAUUUUCAUAGGACCAGAUAGAGGGAUUUGUAGCUCAUCAAGUAAAUUAUUCACCCAUAGAAAUUUGCAUACUCUUUGGGCAAGUGCCCUGAGUUCAGCUUCAGUACUUGAACAAGCAACUACAUUUUGUUUUUUACUUCUCUAGAUAACAAGGUUGCCACCAAUAAAUGUGAGAUAGUCAGAAGUUGAUCUUCGACCAAUCAUUGGUCAUGCAUAGUCAGAAUCUAUAAAUAUUUCAACUUCUAUCUUCCCACUUGAUUUAAAAAGAACUCCUUUACCAAGUGUGCCUUUCAAGUAAUGUACCACUCAAUAGGUUGUAUGUAAAAUGAGAUUAUUUUGGCUGAUGUAUAAAUCGAGUUAAUAUACCAACUGCAUAUAAGAUAUUUGGUCAAGUAUGCAUUAGAUAAUUUCUUCCUCUACCAUAUAUACUUUGUGGUUCAGAUCAAUAGGUAUAUUAGCUGAUUUACACAUAUUUCCCUCUUUCAAUCAACAAAUCUGUUAUGAACUUCCAUUGAGAGAUUAAAAUGCCUCUAGAAGAGUGAGUCACUUCAAUUCCUAAAAAAUAUUUGAGUCAUCCCAAUGUCUUGAUAUCAGACUCUUUAGUCAAACAAUUGCUUAAGUUGUGUGUUUCCAUUUUAUUUCUUGUGAUGAUAAUAGCAUUAACAUAAACUAAUAAGAAUUGAACUCCACUUGAAGAAUAGCAUUUAAUGAAUAAGGUAUAAUCACUAUUACUUUGGUUAUAAUUCAUUUUUUUCAUUAUUGCUAUAAACCGUCCAAACCAAGUGUGUGGUGACUAUUUUAGUCCAUAAAGAGACUUCUCUAAUUGCAAAUAAUAUUGGAUGAAUGUUGACUCUCAUAUCUUGGUGGAAGAGUCAUAUAAACUUCUUUAACUAGAUUACUAUGUAAGAAGACAUUUUUAACAUCAUAUUGUUGAAUCUCCUAACUAAAAGUUACUACUAAAGAUAGUAAAAGAUGGAUAGUACUCAUUUUUGCCCCAAGUACAAAUGUUUAUUGAUAAUCAAUGUCAUAUGUUUGUGUAUAACUUUUAACCAUCAACUGAACUUUAUAUCUCUCAAUUAAACCAUCUGAUUUAUAUUUCACUGUAUACACCUAUUUGCAACCAACUGCCUUCUUACUAUGUGGUAACUCCACUAGAUCCCAAGUCUGAUUUAUUUCAAGAGCUCUCAUUUCAUUGGUCAUGGCUUGUUCCCUCUCCAGGUUGAAUAGAGCUUCUUAAAGAGUUUUUGGAAUGGUAAUAGUGUCAAAAAAGAUAAGGAAUGACUGAUAGGAUGGAGAAAGUCAGUGGUAGGAUAAAAAAUUGGCUACUGGGUAAAAAGGUGUUUAGUACACUCCCUUAUGGGUUUUUGCAAGGCAAUGGGAAGUAAAUUAAAAUUUAUGAUGGUUUUAUCAUCAGAUGAAGGAGAUGUGGAUGUUUGGAUAUUUUCUAAGGCCAAAUCAGAAUCUUAGAUUUUUGUUGAAUUGUGAAUUUCCCCCCUCCUAGAGUAGACUUUGCCAAAUCUAAGUUUUUCAGAAAGUAGAUUCGGGAUAGAAUGAGAUAUUUCAUGGUUGAACGGGAAUGAACAAAUUACUUGUGGGGGGUGAAGUUAAGGAUCUACAUGUUGAUCAAUAUGAUAUGUAGAAAAUAUAUGUUGACCAUCAUAUGAAGAAUUUUCAAAAUAAGAUUUUGAUUCAUGAAAUGUAACAUCCAUUGAAGUAAAAAAAAUUGAGAAGCAGGAUGGUAACAUUUUUAUCCUUUUUUAUUAUUAGCAUACACAUUUAAGUGAUCAUGGUUCUAGUUUUCCUUUGGCCUGAUUGUGAUUGUGAACAAAAGAAACACAGCUAAAUACCUUAGGUUCUACCUUAGUUUUAAUUUGGUGGUGUGGAAAAUAGUUGGUUAAUGAGUCUAUUAGGACUAUGGAAGCCUAAGGUUCUAGAAGGCAAUUGGUUGAUAAGGUAUGCGGUUGUUAGGACAGCCUCACCCCAAAAACAAAUUGGCACAUAAUUUUGAAAUAGAAUUGAUUGAGUUACUUUUAAAAUAUGCCGAUUUUUCCUUUCAGUUAAACCAUUUUGUUGUGGAGUACAUACAAAGGAGUAUUUAUGUAUGAUACCCUCUAUUUGGAAGUAUGAAUUCAAACUUGCUAAAGUAUUCUUUAGCAUUGUUGGAUUUGAAUUUUUUAAUACUAGUGCCAAAUUAAUUUUUGAUCAUGGCACAGAAAAAUUUUAAAACUUCACACACAUUGAGCUUAUAUUUUAAAAAGAAUACAUACAUACAUCUUGCACAAUCAUUAAGAAAAAUGGCAAACAGUUUAUUACCAUGAAUCACACAUACCAAAUGUCACUAUAAAUAUGGAAGAAAGAAAUCCCACUCCUUUCUCCUUGAGGUUGAAAAGAAGCACGAGGGUGUUUAGAGAAUUCACACACAUUAGACUUUUGAAACAAAGUAGGAAAAACUAUUUUCAAAGUGUUAAAAGAAGGAUUUCCAUCCUUUGGUGAAGUAAUCGUAUUUUAAGGACAUCUUCUAUGGGCUCUAGGUGUUGUACUUCUACUAGAUAUGUUUGGCUUAGUCCUUCUAGAAGAUAGAGUCCUUUGUAUUCUCUAACAAUUUCAAUCCUCCAAUGAUGUACCUUAUCAAAUAUUACAGAAAUAUCCUCAUUAAAAGGCACAAUAAGGUGAAUCUCUCACAAGUUUCUUAACAGAGAUGAGGUUGAUAAAUAAUUUGAGAACAUAGAGGACAUUAGUAAGAAUGUUAAGGGGUUCAAGUUUAAGGUCUCUUAUACUAGCAAUGGUUAGAAAAGAUCCAUCUGCAGUAGAUACCUCAGGGUUGUAUUUGGUAAAAAUGUGAGAAGACUUUGUCAUAUGGUUCAUUGCUCCUAAGUUCACUACCUAAUUGUUAGAAAUAUCUCUUGAAGAAGUUUUAAUUAUAAGAGAGUAAUGAAAUGUACCAAGCUUAAUUAAUGAGUAUUGUGUCACCAUUGACUUCAAUUUUUCUAUUCAACUCAAAGUCGUUCUAUAUCAUCUAGCUGAGAUGAAGAAGAAUGUCGAUUUUUUUAUGAAUCUGAUGGCUGAUUGGUAGGUAAUCCUACUGCCAAAUGUGCUUGACUUCCAUAUUUUUCAAUAUUGCAACUUUGUGGUAUACCAUGCAACUUAUAACAUUUAUCUCCAUUAUGAUGUGAUUUUCUGUAGUAUGCACACCAUAGGUUAUCACGAAAACUAAUUUUCUGAUUUCUUCCUUGACCAAGCUAAGGAUAUUUAGCUUGAUUUUUGGCUUUCUUCAUAGUUUCUCCAUAUGUAAUCAUAAAAUCAGCAUUGUCAACUUCAGGCACUGAUGACAUCAAUUUUCAACAACUUUUCUCAUUCAAAACAAUUAAAAUAGCUUCAUCUAGACCAGAUUUCUUCUCACGACUCAUAAUCUGUUGUAUGACCUGAUAAAAAACAGAACUGAGUCUUGCCAGAAAUUUAAACACUCUUCUUUGAUCUAUAAAAUUCUAUAGAACGUCAAUUUCCACAUGUUUUAAUGUGUCAAGAUUGAGGUAAUAGUCAAUUGUUGCCAUUAACCUUUCAAUUCUCCUGUAUAUUCCAUCACAGAUUUAUUUCUUGUAUAAUAGACAUGGAUUUUGUCUCAAGUUCAUACAUAUGAGCCUCAUUUUUUUUUGUGGGAAUUUUGUGUGAACUGUUACCCACGAUUCUUUAAUUGUAGAUAAGAAAACAUCUCAGCUAAUUUAGGAAAUCAUUGUUCCCUAGAACUAGGUCCUGAUUAAUGUAUUCUCUCCAUCUACGAAAUUCACAGAACAAGGAAUUUGGUUUCCUCUCUAUUAGAUGAUUAAACAUUCAUCUACUAGUCAAACCUUCUCAAAUAUAUUCUGACCAUUGUAUCAGAUUAUAUCUAGUCAAUUUGAACUCUGCAGGCAUUGCAGAAAGUUUUAGAAGUAAUCUUGAACCACUAUGACCAAGAUUAGCUGCUCUCAUGGAGGUUGGAUCCCCCACAGAGGAUGAAGAAAUGUCUCCCACAUUUUUCAUUUGAAGGAAAAAUAGCCAAAUUAAGGAAAAUAUCAAAUUUCGUGAACAGACCUGAACAGAGAUGAAAAAACGGUACAAGGACCGUAACAGGAGAAUAGAUUAGUGAGGAAGCGAAAUGGAUUGAUUUCACCUGGAUUCACUCUAGGAGAGACGAUGGAGGCAAAAGAACCCUUGUCGGAAGAGCAUGACCUCAAUGACUCUAGUAGACAUUGGAGAAGAGUGUGGGUAAUAGCAGCCCCAACUUGUGACGGUGCCAAAAAGGAAUUUGAAACCCUAGGCCCGCUCUGAUACCAUAUAGUCUGUAUGACUCCCAAUCUUGAGUGCUGACGGAUACCUCAGCACCCAUGUAGAGAAAGAAAAUCUUUAUCAAUUUGAAAAAACUAUUACAAGAACAGCAAGGUCCAGUAUUUAUACUAGAUCCCUAGAAAGUUCUAGACAUACUAACAUAGACAUGAACAUAUAAGAAACAUGAGGGUAUAUCUGCCUACACAUAAAGCAUACAAGGUUUAGUUGUUAAGUAGAUCCUGACAACACUAACCUUGUUGGAUCAAUGAUUGACCAAAGAUUAACUUCUAGACAUCUCACAUUCAUUGGAGGCAACCUUGUUAUGUGGAGUAAGAAACAGAAUGUGGUUGCCCAUUCAAGUGCUAAAGUUGAAUUCAAGGCACUUGUCCAAGGUGUGUGCAACUUACUUGAUGAGUUGAAAAUCUCUUUAGUUGGUCCUAUGAAACUUUAUUGCAUCAAUAAGUUAGUAAUUAAUACUAUGCAUAAUCCAGUACAACAUGAUUGUACUAAGCAUGUGGAGGUUGAUAGUCAUUUCAUCAAAAAAAAUUAGAGGGAAAUUUGAUUUAUAUGCCAUAUAUCUCUAUGCACAAUCAACUGGCAGACAUGCUUACAAAAGGCAUCUUUAGUAUGGAGGAUUAUUUCCAAGUUGGAAAUGAAUGACAUCCACGUGUUAUUUUGAGAGAGAGUGUCGACAAGACACAGAGUCCAAAGGAUAGAUGUGUCUAGAAUGUUCCAGGGUAUGGUUGUUAUGUGUAUAGAAUCUUCUGGGGUCUAGUAUAAAUACAAGACCCCCUCCACUUUGUAAUUAUUUUUUUCCUUAGAAUAAAAAAAUAUUUCUCCAGGGGCGUGAGGGUUGUCUUUCCAACACAGCAGGCCUGGUCUGAUCUUAAACAACCUUGAGUAACCUAAUGGGAAUUCCUAAUGGUCGCUUGAGGAGUAGAGUAGAUAUGAGUUGGUCAAACAAUAUAAUCUCUCAGUGUGUCUAAUUCUGUAACUUACAUCAGACUUUCGCCCAUCUAUUGGUCUGUGCCCAGUUGACGGAUUUUAUUUUUCUCAAAAUGAUGAAUGUUUGCUCAAUAGCCCAAUUUAUCUUAGGUCUUGAUGGAGGGAUAGGGACCCAAUCUCUCAAUAUAAUGAUUUCCAGGGCCUGCUCUGCAGAUAAGUCAGAUACGAGUUCUUGAUAAUGUAUUUUCCUUGAUUCCCUAAUUAACAUGGUAUCAGAACCAAGAUUACUAGAUCUAUUCGGCCCAUAUCAGAACCAAGAUAACAUGGUAUUAUUCCAGCCUGCUUUCAGACAUUUCUUCGGGUGAUUGGGUGGCUCUUGCAGCAGCCACAAGAGAGUAUGACCGUCUCACUAAAUGCAGCUACUUAUGAACAGUAGCUGUUGAGUGUAUUGUUGUGAAGCAAUGGUAGAUGUUGAGCACAGUGUCACCAGAGGCAGAAGCCCUAAUCCCAAAUAAUAAACGUAAAAAUAAGACAUGCUUAAUAAUGAUUAACGUUUGGAUCCGGUAUUUCUGCCAGAACCCUAGCACUUUGAUACAGUUAAUAAAGAAAAAAUUACAAACAAAAAAAAAAGAAAUACAACUUGUUAGAAAAGCUUUUGUGUUCCUAAUGAGCCUCAUGAUUUCUGGAAAAGUUUGACACACUUAAGCAGUGGCAGGUGUUAUGACUGCUUCUAUGGAAGUUUUGGGGGGGAGAAGAUUUAGUUAGAUGGUGUAUGUCUUCCUCUAUAUGAUUGUUUCUUAUGCAAAUGUGCAUUACGAUACCUUCUAAAACUUGAGUGCCUCUGCACGCCAGACUUCUGUAUUUGGGUGACUGGCUACUGCGAAUCAUCAUCUUCUAUCUUUCACUAAUACUAAGGACCGGAUAGGUCCCGCUAUUUCUGCUUCUGAAGAUUAUAGUUUUGGGUCUCCAGUGAAAAUAGGCAAGUUCUUCAUUUACUAUUACCGAUUCCCUAUCAUUGCUGUUGAACUUGCUUAGCUCCUCUCGACCUUUCUAUAGAUGGCCUCCAUUUUGGUCUCAUCUUUUAUUGACUCUAAGUUUUUAUAGUAUUUCUUAUCAUCGUGAUCUCUUUGAUCUAUUUGUCUGAGGUCCAAGACAAAGUUUCAUACAGAUGCACCAGUUGAUGCAAUGAAUAAUAAAUAUUCCAUAUGAUUGAAUGAUUAUGAUUGCCUUGUGUUAUGGCUUUUAAAUAUUAUGAAGCUCCAAGUUAAUUCUAAUGUUUUCUUUGUAAAGAUUGAUGUGAUACAUUAUAAAAAAUUGUGCUCUUCCGAGAAAUAUAUAUCAGACCUAUGAACGAUAUGAUAAUUUUUUUAAAUUUUCAGUACGAUAAUAACUCUCCCAAUGAGUAGAUCUCAAUGUAUCAUAUCAACAUUUGGUUUAUCACGUUCAGAACACCAUGCUCAAUGUGAUGAGUUUCACGUAGCAAUAUAUUUGGCUUACAUGUUUAUCUCAUUCUCCUGCUUUCUGGGAGUACUUCUCAUUCUACACUUGAAUCUGAGAGUGUAGCCAUUGUCCACCAAUGUCCAUGCAAUUGCGAGGUUGACACAGUGGUGCUUGACAACAUCUUCAUUGUGGAUGUACAAGCAUAUAUCAGAGAGGACUUGAGUAGACCCUAAUUGGGGCAAUGAUGGGACAAAUGCUAUGGAAAAGUAUGUGGACGUGUCUUAAUCAGCCAGUUGCAGCCUGCUUCCAUCAGAUCUUUGAAAAGGAAUAAUGGGAGAGAACUACUGGAAAUGAAAGAAAGUACAAAUAAGUUGGAAAAAAUUAAAGGGAAAGGGUAGAAAGGAAAAAUUAUUCAGUAAAUAGUACCUACCCACCAUGUCUCUGCUGCAGUCUUUUUCUCCCUUCGUCGACAUGCUUUGGCUGACCUUUGCAGGAAGCUAUCAUAUACAAGCCAAAGAUUAUUUUUCCGAGGGGAGGAGUUUGUGAGAGAGUUAAGAGCUUAAUAUGAACUCUAGUUGUUUUGUGGAACUGAUGUUUCAUGCAAAACACAUGCUAACUUGUGCAGGGUAGCACAGAACGAUCUCAAAAAUGUAACAGCACUUUCCCCAGCUUACAAUUGUCUCUCUACUCUCAUGUCAACUCAUUUUUUCUUGUGACUCUGUCUCCUUGUCCUCUGCAAUGUAAUGAAUGUUCUACUUGUUUCAGGUGUACAUACAUGAUGAACCGUUUGACCCAUCUCAUUUUUUCGCUCUGCGUCAGCAUUGUCAAGUAGUCUGCAACAAGGAUACCGAGUCGGGUUUGCAUUCUCGAAUGGCUGAAUCAAAUGCUGGUACAGUAAAAUGCAACAAACGCCAUCGAUGGUUGCAAAGAAAAACUAUUUCAGAUGUUGUCGAAGCACUUAUUGGAGCAUUUUUAGUUGAUAGUGGAUUGAAAGCUGCAAGCGCUUUUCUUCAGUGGAUUGGCAUACGAGUCGAUUUUGAUGUUUUGAAUAUCCACAGGGUUUGCAAAGAAAGCUACAAGAACAUGUCACUCAGUGAUAACAUAGACAUUGCUGCCCUUGAAAGGUUAUUGGGCUAUACAUUUCAGCAUAAAGGUCUUCUUCUACAGGCAUUCAUACAUCCUUCCUACAACAAGCAUUUGGGAGGAUGCUAUCAGGUUCGUAUUUCUGUCUGAAUUUUUUUCAAAGUUUGUUUCUUUCUGUGCUACAUCAAUUUAUCAUCCCAUUUAUGUCUUGCAAAACUUCUUCCUCUUUGACCAGCGCCUGGAGUUUCUUGGAGAUGCAGUGCUGGAUUACCUGAUUACAUCUUACUUAUAUUCAGGAUAUCCUGACCUUAAACCAGGGCAACUGACUGACUUAAAGUCAAUGACUGUUAAUAACAUCUCCUUUGCACAUACAGCAAUAUCUUUAUCCUUGCAUAAAUAUCUCAUACAAGAUUCCGAUGGUCUAAUGGAGGCAAUAGAAAAGUUUCAAACAUCUGUUAAUUCACCUGUAUCUGCAGAGGGCAUCAUCAAUGAGCCGGGGUGUCCAAAGGUACGCUUACAGCUCAUUAAAACCUGAAUAUGUAUACAUAUAUCCAUCAAUGAUUCUGACUAUUAUUGUGUUACACAUAUGAAAGAUUCUGCAUUUGACUCCUACAUGUCGUCUAUGGUAAAUGCACAUGGUCCCUACUUGUCAUGUGAUUGGAGACCCCAGGCUCGACUAUCCACGAGUUGUGUGAGGAGUUGACUGCAGCACUCAAGGUUGUACUCGACUUGUGUGAAUGACUUAUUUGUCGGUGGGUAUUUAUUUGUAUUUGUUGCAAAAGCCCUAAUGUCUUGCCAUGUCAGAAGGAGGAAGCCCAGUAAUAAGGCACUAGGGGUCAUACAUGCGGCUGACUUAUUCUUUGGAGUCUUGUGUCCCUUCUCUUCAGACUUAAAUUCUAGGAACUUCUUUUCAUGAUGUAAAUCUCACAAUAUUCCACAAAAAGUGCAUUUCUACUCUACGUUUUCUUUAUAUUGUCCCUGGCCUUUGACUCCUAGCCUUUUAGAACUAUAGUUUGCUAAGGCUGAGUGCUCUCCCACUUUAGGUUCAUCAGUCUUAGGGUUUGUAUUCAUCACUAAUUGCCUCCCUUCUUCACUCAACAUUUUGCAUUAUACAUGUUCGAAUGUGAGAAUAUGUACUAAAUUUAAAAUCUAUCCCCUCAAUGCUUCAAACUCAUUGCAUAGCCUCGGAGGAGUUUGAAGAUUCUAUCUUCUUGGAGGCGUUUUAUAUGUCGUUUUUGAUCAUCAAUACAACUUAAAUCCUUCAUGUAACAAGAGUCAAGUUCCUCCCAUACACUUUGUUAAAUGGCAAAAAUAAUUUUUAACAGAUGUUGAUCCAUAUUUAAUUUCAUGAAUAUUGUGGGUCAUUUAUUAGCAUCCAAUAGAGUCAUGACGGUGACCAAAUAUUUCUUCCAGCAUUUUUCAUAUUUCAAUAACGUUUUGUGUAGAAUCAUUUGCUGAAGUUUUGGACUGACAAAAUUCAAAAUUCACGACAUAGCUAAAUUUUUUUCUCGAAAUAAAACCUUAUAUUCUGGUUUUGUAUUUUUCAGUUUUUGAUCAACCCAAAUAUAUACUCAAUUUUCUCUCGUGCUUCAAUGUACAGUUUUUCUGUAGCUAGCCAUGUCGUAUAAUUGUGUUAUGCCAAUUAAAUUGUGGGUUUGAUCUAGAAUCUGUGAGUUCACCUCCCAUUGCACUGGUUUGUUUGUUGCAUCCAUUAGCUUUUUAUGGUCGAAUUGGAUGGUGAGGUAAUAUAAUUAAUUUUCAUAUUCCCAACUCAUUGUUGGUUCUCCCUAACUCCAGUAAUUUUCAUGAAAAUAGACUAUUAGUGGAUCAACUCAGUAUAAUGAGUAGAGUUCAAGGAUAAAUUAGAAAACAGUGGAUCAUAGUCUUGAAUAAUCUCGCUGAGAUAUGUAGAUUGACUAGAAGGAAGUCCAAAUAUUUCUCAGACACCUGAUAGGUCCAGACCAACCUCCAACAAACCUAGUCAAUCUUUGGAGGGCCUGCUCUCUUAUUCCCCGUUGGUCUCUGUGGAUACCUCUGAACGGCUGCUAGGAGACAAUAUGGUCAGCAAAUAUCUCCAACAGCUCUGUUGGGUAGCCUGGACCUUCGUUGGUGACAACAACAGCCAACAACCAGUGUGCCAAUGAUAAUAGUCCAGAACAAUCCGGAAGAACUCUCAUCCCCAGUUGCAACACCAACAGACGACGACAUACGACAGCAGACGAGUACUAAAGCUGCGGAGUCCAAAUGUCAUCCUCAAAAACAGAUAAAUUCAGUCGAGACAGGAGAUAACUCACCCUGAUACCAGGAAGAUACUCGACUAGGGAGAGUAUUUCUACUGCUGCCCCUGUGGAUAAGGGUGUCUCCCAAAUUUCAACAGGCCCAUAAGACCGCUAGUAUUUUAACAAAUUAUAGGAUUCCCGCUCAUAAAUCUUUGAUAAAAAUCCCCCUCAUCUCUCGCGAAAUUUUAUUACAUUUUUCAUCUACGAUAUUAUGGCAUUUUUAAUAAUUAUAUUAAAGGUUUCUGGCGUUAUCGCGUUUCAUCCUUUUCAGGUACUUGGGGACUUAGUAGAAUCCUGCAUUGGUUCUGUGCUUCUAGAUUCAGGGUUUGACUUAAAUUGCGUAUGGAAAACAAUGAUGAACCUCUUGCAUGAGACCCUGCGUUUCUCCUCAUUACAACUUAAUCCUGUUCGAGAACUGCGGGAACUCUGUCAGUCACGUCAUCUGAAGCUGAAUUUCUCCCAUCGAGUGAGAGUGAAAGGGGAGUAUAAGGUAGAAGUCAUGGUGACUGCCGAGGAAAAGACUUUGACUUUUACUGCUGUUGACCGCAACUCGAAAGUCGCCAAAACAAUGGCUUCACGUGAGGCAUUAUCAAAUCUCAAGGUAUGCUCUAUUUAUGUUUUGUUUCCUUUCGUGUUUCUGGUGGUGGCUCAGUGUUAUCCCUUUCCUAGUAAGUUAUUUAAAAAAGGUAUGGUAAACCAGUCUCAUCCCUUUCAUGGCUUCAUCAAUAGCCGGACACAUGCAGUUCUUUUGCACUGGAAAUUAUUAUUAGUAUUAACAAUAAUAAUAAUAAUAAUACUGGUAUUAAUCUUUUUUCAUCUCUAUAUACGUUGAUUCCUUCGGCGUCUUUCUAUGAUCUUGUGGGGCCCACACGUUGUUCGUCUUUACCACCACAAUGGCGCAGGCUCUGGGCUUCAACCGCAAGGGUAGAUCACUGAAGCAGAUCAUGCAGACAACCAGUAAGAAGAACCCAGAACUCAUAGGCUUCGACGAGACUCCCGCAGUAACCAGCUAUGCAGAGAUGGAAGAUUCAUCGUCCAUCUCCUCCAGUUCAUCUGAAGACGAGGCCCUCGUCGCUUCACUUCCAGGCCCAGCACAGGAACCCACUAGCAGCCAUGAGGUCAAGGGGAAGGCUGAAGAAGAGCUUUCCCCCAUGAGUGUUGCACCUUCUGGCUACACCGACGGGAUGACUGGUACUACCAAAAUUUUCUCUCUCUUGGACCAGUUCCUCAUCAGGUCCAGCAAAGCCAGCCUGAUGACCUCUCUCCUCCUCCCUGAACUCCCCAGAAGCUCUCUGCAAGAAGAACCCAAGGGCAAAGCUGUUCGAGGUAUGCGCGAGAAACUACUGGAGAAGACCCUCCUUCUCGUGCUGGAAGGAAGAAGGGGAGAGCCACCUGAAAACGUAAGUUCUUUCAGGAAAUCGGGCCAUGUCGCUCUUCGAGAGGGAGGGGAGUCCUCACUCCUCUUGCCGCCCUUCUUCCCUUGCAGGUUCGCCUUCAAGGUCAUCGUGGAGGUGGAGGCGGCGAGCAGGACGAUCAUUGAGAGCUUCGGUGACUGCAAGCCGAGGAAGAAGGAGGCCCAGGAUCAUGCGGCGGAGGGGGCCCUCUGGUGCCUGGGGAGCAUGGGCUUUCUCCCCUGA